GCGGCGCUGGGUAAAAUGGCAGUGCUGAGCCUCGUGUCGGAGUGAGCAGGACUCGGCGGACGAGAGUCGGAAGCUGCCGCCACUCGGCUCGCCUAGUCUAGCCUCUCCGGCCGCACCGCCCGGCUCCGAGAACGGGGGUCCGUCCGAUCCUCCCUCGCCCGCCGUGUCCCCCUUCCCUUCCUCCUCUCCCACACCGGGAGCCCCGUCCUGCCCCCCUCCCCCUUUCCUCCUCCUCCCCCUUUCUCCGCCGGCUGCAACUAAGCGAGGAGGCACAGUGGGGCCAGGCCCCUCGCACCCGCGUCCAGCCCGCCGGAGCUCGCCGCGCCUCGCUCGCUCGCCGCGCCGGGGGAGGAAUGAGACCCCGUUGUCCCGAGGAUCCCACCGCCGCCUGAGCGCGGAGGAGGAGGAGAGGAGCGGUGAGGCCUUGUGCCGGCCGGCCGGCCAAGCAGGGAGUAGGUCGGGGGAGGCGGAGGCGGGGGAGGGGGGCUGGCUGGGUGGGGAGGGGGGAUCAUGGCCGCUCAGGUGGCCCCCGCCGCCGCGAGCAGCUUGGGUGCCCCGGCUCCAUCCGAGCUGAAGAAAGCGGAGGUGCAGCAGCGGGAUUGUUCGUCGGAGGAGGCGGGGGGCGAGGCGGCGGCGGCGGCAGAGCGCGGCGGAGAGAAGCAGUCGGAAAGUGAAGGUCCCCCGGGAAAGGAGCUGCAGGACGGGGCCGAAAGCAAUGGCGGGGGCGCAGGGGCCGAGCCCGACCUGAAGAGCUCCAACGGGAACCCGGGCCCUAGGCCCGUCGCCACACUGAACAAUAACCUCCCGGAGCCGCCCGGCGGUGGUGGCGGCGGUGUUAGUGGCGGCAGCAACAGCAGCGACGGGGUGGGGACGCCGCAGCAACAACCGCCGCAGCAGCAACAGCAGCAGCAGCCUCCCCCUACUCAUCCGGCCGCCUUGCCCCCGCCAGCCUACGGUUUCGGGCAGCCCUACGGUCGAGGCGCCCAGGCUGCUGCGGCCGUCGCCGCGGCCGCUGCCUUCCACCAACAUGGCGGACAACAAAGCCCUGGCAUGGCAGCGCUGCAGAGCGGGGGCCUGGAGCAGCCGUAUUCGGGGCCCACCGGGGGCCCCCCGGGGCCGCCCCCUCCCCAGAACUCCCACGGCGGCGGCAGUUCGGAGCACGGCUUCCCCAACCACCAGUACAAUAACUACUACCCUACAGCCGGGCGCAGCGCUGGCGCCUACCCGCCUCCCUCUCAGGCCUACGCCCUGAGCUCCCCUCGGGGAAACGCUCAGAGCCCCGCGCAAGCCGGGGCCAAACCUCCAGCUUCGGCAUUCCAGCAGCAGCGUUUCGGGGCCAUGGGGCCCUCGGCCGCCGCCGUCGGCGCAGGAGGAAGCGCAGGAGGAGGCAGCGGCGGGGGCGCCACCCCGCAGCCCACUUCCACCCCCACCCUCAACCAGCUGCUCACCUCCCCAAGCUCGGCUCGGGGCUAUCAAGGGUAUCCCGGGGCCGACUACGGGAGCGGACCCCAGGAUGGGGGAGCGACGGCCAAGGCCCCGGCAGCAGCGGACAUUGCCUCCCAGUACACUGGGGGCACCAGCCAAGGCUGGGCGGCAGCAGCCACGGGAGGCCAACAAAGGAGUCACCACGCGCCCAUGAGCCCCGGGAGCAGCAGCGCUGGAGGGGGACAGUCGCUCACCCGGACUCAGCAGGUAAAAAGGCACCGGGAGGGCGGGGAAAGAGAACCGGGGCAGCGGGCGCACAUGGGCUGGGGGUUGGGUGGUCAGCUGGGCGCAGGUGAGGAAAGGGGUUUGAGGACGCCUCUGGCCGUGGGAGGGCAAGGGCAGGAGGGGAGCGCACCCGAGGUCGAGGUUGGGGUGUCCUUUAACGUGACAAGCUUUCUGUGGUCGUCUUCGGGCCCACAUUACUAGGGAGCUGCCAUUGUCUGUCUCUUUCCUCUGUCUCUAAAAUGGCUGCCUCUCUGCCUUCCCUUCCUCCCUUUCCCAGCCUUUGUGUAAGCUCUCUUGGAGAGAGCCCUUCUCCUUUCCCCCUUUCCUGUCCCGGCUGGGAGCCUUUAGGGGGGUCCUGGGGUGGGGUGGGGUGGGGGUAAGACUUGCCACCACCACCUCUGUGGAGGGAGGGGUUGGGGUGGCAAAAAUAGCUCCAUGUUGCUGGGUUGGAAAAAAGAGGGUGUGCUGAGCAGAUUGCUGCUGUUCAGCUCUACUGUGCUCCACUCCUUUGCGGCUCCUUUUUCCUCUCUUGGUGUGGGUUGAAUUGAGCUGUUCCUGUGCUUCCAGGGGGUAAGAAGAGGGCAAGUGACCUGCUCUGACACCCUCAUCUUGUCCAGGCUAGCUGAAGCCAUUUUCUGAGCAGCCUUUUUAGAUAGCCUAGUGCCUUGAGCUCCUGCUUGGAAGUGCUGGUAAACAGUUCAGUGAUUGGAGUAGUAAGUGCAGAUUGCUUUGGUUUGGGAUUUGAAUUAUGGAGGUAAAAUCCUUCUGUCAAAGCCAGGAGACAGUUGGUCUUAGGUUGACAUCCUAUCUGUGAUCUGAUUGGCUCCCCAUCUCCUGCUCUUGGCCAUUUAUAAUUGCCUCUGAUGUAAUGGUACAACAAUCCUGAUGAGCUCAUAAACUUUUACACUCUGCUUUUUCUACCAGCCAUAACCCACUGCCACUUUCUGCCUUUUUUUUUUUUAAUUCCACAGCUGAAAUUGGCUGUGACCUUGAGGAGGUUCAGCAGGAGCAGAUCCACAGACGCUGCCCUCGAUGCAUUGUGCCUGAAACAAAAGAGGGAGCAAUGGCAUUUUGUUGUACCUUGGAUUUAUUUUGCUUGUUAAGCCUUAUGCAGCCUGGAGUAGAUUCUAUAGGGCUGAAGCAACAAUGGGGCGUGUGUGUGUGGAUGCUUUUCUGUCAAACCAAUAUGUUUUUGGUUUUGUGACUUUCUUGGGUAUAAGUGAUUUCUCUAGUUUUAAGUGUUCAUCUGUUUUUAGUAGAAAUUGACCAUUAUAGUAAAAUACCACCUACAGAACCAGAAAUGCUGCAAAUGUAAUUUAAUAUUUUCAGAAUUGUCAUUUUAUUCUGAAAGGCAAUAAAAUAGCACAAUUUUCUUAGGGGGGAAAGAGUUGAAAGUUUGCAUUUAAUAUAAUUUAAAGACUUUUCAACAUACAAAAAAAACCCCAGAAACAAAACAAGAAAUAAGAAAGAAAGAGAAUGAACAGAAAAGCAAGCAGACGGAGAGAUAAAAAUAACAGAAUAAAGAGAAAGAUGGGAAAAUAAGUAAGAGUGAUUUCAAACUAUCCAUCUGUUAGUUGUGCCUGUAAAAGUUCUUCAUAAUAAUCCAGUGCAAUGUCCAGUUAUUCCUCCCUCUGCUAGCUGAUGUUUGCAUCAGAAUUGUAGAAUUGCAGAGUUGGAAGGGACCCUGAGGGUCAUCUAGUCCAACCCCCCUGCAGGAAUAUGCAGCUGUCCCAUACAGGGAUCAAACCUGCAACCUUGCCACUAUCAGCACUGCACUCUAACCAACUAAGCUAUCCAGGCUGUAUCGGCUGCAACAAUAUUGGGUAAUGAACAGAAGAACAUAGAAACUCUUGAUAUUUUCCUGGAUAUAACAUAGUUCAGUAAAUAAGUAUUUAGUAUCAUAAGCAAAUUUGGAAUUUUAAAAAUGAAGUCAUUUCACAAGUUAUGUGAUGGAUGAUGUCUCUGGUUUUAGAAGUCCAUAAUGUAAAUCUGAUAUAUUGAACUGAUGAGAGACCAGUAUUCUUUCUUGGUCCUCCCUAGUCAUCUUCAAGGUUCUAGGUCAGGACUUGUUCAGAUUAUAGUUUAAAGUUUCCCAAUUUUUCUGUAAACUAACCCCUAGAAAAAAGUUUGGUUUAAUUGUGUUCUUUAAUUACUGUGGUAAGGACAAUUCUUAAUUAUGCUCACAUCCCUUUACCUUUAUAAGCAUUUCAAAAAAAAUUUUUUUGUUAAGUUUCUUACUUGUGUGCUUUCUUCAGCUCAUUUUUUAAAAUUGUUAAGAUCUUUAUAGUACUGGCACUUCUAGAGGAGCAGGUAGAAGAAUGGUCUCCAUCCCAAGGAGCUUGCCAUACAGUCAUACCUUGGGUUACAGACUCUUCAGGUUGCACGUUUUCGGGUUGCACGCCACGCCGAACCCGGAAGUACCGGAACGGGUUACUUCCAGGUUUUGGCGCAUGUGCAGAAGCGCUGAAUCGCAACCCGCACACGCGCAGAUGUGGCGCUGCGGGUUGCGAAUGCUGUGGGUUGCGAAAGUGCCUCCUGCAUGGAUCACGUUUGCAACCCGAGCGUCCACAGCAUCCACUGUACUAGAACAUGACUCUGGAGGGAAAGAAAAAUGAAAGAUACUGACCAUGAGAGAGAUUCUGGCUAUUGAACUAAUUCAACUCAAGUAGUAUUUUUAAAAGUUUCUGGGCAUUUUGCACAACACAGGAUACAGUGAUUAUUUGUGUGCUGGGUUGAGCCUCUGAGGAUGUUUUGUAGGGCUAAUUCACAUGCUACAGGCCAGCAAAGCCUGGUACACUUAGUAGAGAGUCUGCAGUCAGUUUUGGCAGCCUGAAGUUCUUGAGUGAGGCCUAUUAAUUUCAGUUACAGUUUGCACUUUUAAGGAUUCACAUUUGGAUGUAUCCUAAACAUUGAAAUAUGUGAAGAGGCCCUCUAUAUUAUAUAGACAAGGCUUGUUCAUACAUUACAUUGCAGACCACAUUUUAUUAGAGACGGUCUGGUUACUCUGUAGCAGUCCUGUUUCUCAUUCAUGGUUAAAACCAGUCUUGAUUGUUUAAGGUGGUGGUUUUCAACCUUUUUGAGUCCAUGGCUGCCUUGAUGAACUACAUUCUUUCUGCAGCACUCCUGUGGGGAUCAGGAGCCCAGUUAUGUCACCCCAUGCUUGCAGAACUGGCAGAGCUCUCACCCUUUUUCAAACACGCUCCCUUGAGUGUUCCUUCAGCCUCCUCUCCUCUCUCUUGGGGAGUCCUCUGGGCAGCCGCCUCUGGUCUCUGAGCUGCCCCACCUGCCCCAAAGAGAAGUGCCUCCUCACCCUGCCCCACAGAGGCCUGAGAAACACCCCUUUGCCAGCCCCAGAGGCACCAUUCACCUGGGAAGCUUGUAGCCAGGGCUGCUGCAACAAACAGCUGUGCAAGCCUUUGGCAGGCAGAGGCGCAAGAGGGCAUUAGAGGAGGGAGGGAAGGAAAAAGGGACAGAGGCCAGUGUUGCCAGCGGCCCCCUUGACCAUCAUUCAAGGCACCCCAGGGUGCCACGGCACGCUGGUUGAAAACCACUGGUUUGAUGAUAGGCAUUUAGGUGUGAAGCUAUUAAUGUGUCAAUAGCUGGAAUUAGUGGGUAGAUAGUAGAAGCUAAAAUUUAUAAGUCAAAAUGGUUCUCUUUUUAAACCAACUUCCUAUCAGUAUGCAUGUUGGCAUCUUUUGAGUGGGGAUUGGAGAGGGAAGAAAUGGUGUACAUACUGAACCAGGCAUCUUAAACAUUUUCAGACCCUGGGCCCACUUUAAACCCAAACAUGCAUUUGGGGACCCAUUUCUUAAUCCUUUACACUAUAUUUUUAUAGUGGUAAUACUGUUACAACCUACUUUGGAUUAGGCUGCGACCUCCCAGUUUAAGACUAGUGCCUUAGGCAGAUAUUAGAUGGGUGGUAGAAAAACAAUCUAUAGAGUUAGGGAUGAGUUCCUUCUCUUCCCUAUCUUGGUGGCUAGGUUAGUUUGAAGCAUACAAGUGAGCUUGAAAAAUUUAUUGAAGGUGUGCAAGUUUUGUAAGGUUUUGGGUCAAUGUUGGUUUUUGGACCUUGCAUGAAUCUUUAUUCCAAGUCGGGUAUAGAGGAAAGAAUGCAAAAUAAGAUCAGAAAUGAAAUACAUGAAGGCUGUAUACACACCGUACAUUUAAAGCACACAGCUUCUCCCAAAUGAGCCUGGGAAGUUAUUUGUCAGGGGGGCUGGGAAUUGUAGCUCUACGAGGAGUAAACCACAGUUCCCAGGAUUCCUUGGCGGAAGUUGUGUACUUUUAAGUGUAUGAUGUAUAUACAGCCUAAUUUUUGUUUUCUGCUUAACACUGUUGCAUGAUUUGAUUUGAUAAUUGCUACAUCCGACUUGGGCUGCAAUCCUAAAAACACUUGAUAGGGAGUAAGAUUCAUUUGGACUCAAGGGAACCUAAGCAUGUGCUGUUAGUCCCUUGGGUGCAACUGUUGUAGCAGUAUCACAGUUUAUCUGUUCAGCAUUACGUGGAAGGUUACUAUAUAUUUAAAAUUAAAUAGACUCUGAAAACAGCAAGAUGAGAGAACCUCCACAAAAUGUGUACUUGAGGAAUACCUUUUUCAUGGAAAUAAAUAUGUGGUAUUUGUGCCUGCUGCUGAGGUUGAUAUAGAUACAUACUGCCUGUUAUGAUGUUUCUGAAUGGGAAAGCAAAGUGAGUAAAGGGAACAGAUUUUCUGCUUGAAGUAUAAUAGAGUGGAAAUCUAGAGAGUUCCUGAUGAAUUCUGAGUGACUGGCAUAGACUCUGUAGUGUAUCUAGAGAAAGUGAAGAACUUUGGGACCAGCUGACUAGCUAAUGUUCAUCAUACUGCAAUACCUACUACCCCUGAAAUGUUUUCUAAAUGAAGGAAUGCAAAUUGAUCUUCUAAAACUGACUGUUUGACCUUUAUAUAGCAGCAAAAGUAAAAUUUGGAACUUUAAGUGAUCACCUCUUUGCAAACUUCAGUGAAGCUGUAUUCUCAUCAAGCAGUUUUUCCUGAACUCCGUUUUUAAAAUAAUGGCAUACUUACAAAAAGAUACAUUCUUUGGUCUGUACUUUGGUCUGUACUAUUGCUAUUCAAGUGUAGGUGUUCAGGCUAGAGUGCUUUCAAUUAAAUUGGUGCUAAGUGUUGCUGUGAUACCUUGGAAUCAGAAGCUGUGUCCUAACUGCUGUGCUGUCUACUGAGUACUGUAUAUCUUAGAUUAUGUGAGGCUUUGUAUAAAGUAACAUGGGACCAGUGAGCCAUUCCACACAAUAACAAAAUGUUGGGAAAAUGUGGCCUAGUUGCCUCAGGAAUAUAUCUGUAUAUUUGGUUCUGCAUAUGUUUUUUCACAAAAGCUAGAGGAGGUAAGCAACCAGGUCAGGAAAAUCAUUUGAUGUUUCCAGGUGCCAGAAUUAAAUUGUUGGGUGUUGUAACUCUGUAGACAUUCCUGGCUUGAGAAAAGAUAGUUACUAAGGAAGAUGCUGACAAAACAACACUGCUUUGAAAAUUAUCCCAGUUAGUUGAACCUGCAGAACUCUUCAGUGCAAGGUCAUAGUUCGAAAUAAGAAAAAUGCGCUGCACAUCCAUGUGUCCUCCUGGGGGAAAUUGGCUCCUAUAUAGGUGUGGGCAGCCUGUCUUGUCUUCUAAUGAUGCAAGUGAAAAUACUAUAGUCCUGGAAAGUUGUAUCAAAUAUAAACUUUAUCACCAUUACCAUGGAGAUUAGCAGAGACUAGAAAACUCAGUUAGUUAGAGUAUGGUGCUGAUGAUGCCAAGGUUGCAAGUUCAAUCCCUGUAUGGGUCAGCUGCAUAUUCCUGCAUUACAGGGGGUUGGACUAGAUGAUCCUCAGGGUCCCUUCCAACACUGCAAUUCUGUGAUUCUAUAUACAGUUUUCAUGGAUGUGUAAAAUGUCAAUCCAUUGCAUGUUUAGAUCCCACAGUAUGCAUUCAAACUUAACAUUAAACCACACUUUGUAAAGAUUGCAGAAACAGCUGCCUGAGAGUGGUGUGUUACGCCCCCUUACUGCUUCCUUUUAAGCUAGUGCAUAAGGCAAUGUUUAAGGAGGCUUUUUUUAGUUGUUUCUUUAUUAAUGAUAUGCUCGCGCUGUUGGGUUUAUUCUUUCACAUAUUUGGUUUUUAUUUUUCACAGUAAGUUGUUCUAUGUGUACUUUGCUGGUGGCAUUACCUCUGAACAUGCACCACCUUGCAAGGUAUAGCUUGUAAGCGAGGAUCAUAAUCCGCAGUUUGAAUCCGCAGUUACAAACUAGUGUCCAUUUUAAUUGUGGUUUGUUACGUCUGAAUUCACAAGCCACGUUUAGGCCUGUUGCUCUACUUCAGAUGCCCCAGCAUGGGGAAGAGAGACAAUUUAGGAACUUAAGAAGCAGAGUGCUAAGCAGAUGGAAAAUGAAUGUAGAGUAGGAGAUCUAAGUCAUGGUUUGCUUGCUGUGCAUCAGAAAGCCUAAACGAUGGUGUAUAAGCUUUUUAUGUAUGGUUGGUAACACUAUGAUUUGGCAUAGUGCCACAGUGUCUACAUUCUAAAUCUGUUCACAGAGAAUUGUCUUCUCUUGAUGCACCAGAGUUUGGGCUUUUUUGUUUUUAAACUGAACAGCUUUUAAUCUUGCUUUUGUUUCUGGUUCUUGAAUCAUAUCUUGUUCUUGUGCAUGAGGGCAGGCACUCUUGUUUUGGAAAGGUGGUUUCUAAGUCUGUAGAUUGAAGUGUUGCCCACCCCAGAAUUAAAGCUUGUGCAUCUUGAGGGUAAAAUGCAGUGAAGUCCAGUUGUAUUGCCCUUCAAAUGCUGAGUCUACUGCUGGGGAUGGCUAAACCCCCCUUUGCUAAUUUGUACAAUAACUUGUAUGGUAAUAAUAUUAUGCCAAGGUUCUUAAUCGAGUUAUGUACUGUGGAGCCAAUGGGACUGUUGCUUUAUGAACCAUUUCUGGUCAGAAUCUCCUGCCAAUGUUCUAAACUAAUUGGUCUCUUUCCACUGUCAUUUCAACUGUCUUUUAUUUAUUUUUUGGCUUAAUGUUGAGUAGUAAUAUUGUAAUAGUUCAUUCACAAAUUGUGCCCUGUAGGGAGGGAUCUUUCUGGCACCAGGAGCUUUUAAAAUGUGAAUAUGAAGAGGAAACUGCCUGAAUUUUUAAAGCUUCUUGGAUUCAAAUUAGAAAUUAGGCAUAUUCUAACUAGAGAGGAGGCUUCAGCUUUAAGAACUUUUGAGUUGACAGUCAGUGUUCUGGUAAAAAUGUUAAGAUUGCAAUGUUCCUGUGUUCUUUAAAAGGUAAAGGUAAAGGUAAAGGGACCCCUGAGCAUUAGGUCCAGUCGCGGAUGACUCUGGGGUUGCGGUGCUCUUCUCACUUUACUGGCUAAGGAAAUGGCUGGCAAAUGAGUAGUGUGCUACAAAAUUUCAAAUGUGAAGCCGUUCUUUCCCUCUUUCCUGUUUUGGACCUAACCAUUAAACCUGUAGUGAUAGAAAUUGUAACCAAUGGGAGGAAUAAAUUAAUGGCAAUAGGGUGCAGGGAGAAGAGUCUGUGGUAUGCUUUCAUUCUGAGCCAUGGUUAGGAAACAACACUACAUCUGCACUUGAUCAAUAGCAUUGUGCGCUUUCAUUCUAAAUAGGUGAACUUCAGUCUUUUAAGAUUUAUUUAUAUUUGUGAAACAACAACAACAACAACCAGGUUUCUAAAUAGCUGCUCACCUGCUAUGCCAAAUAAGAAUGGACUUCUGGGUGGCCAUGUUGUGAACCAGGAAGGUGAUUGGAUAUUUUUUUAAGGCAACAAAUGACUUAUGUAGGCUGGCAACUUUUUUGACUUGUUUGAAAGGCUGGAAAAGUACCUUUCUAAUUUCUUCAUCCCCCAGCCCAAUUGUAUUACAGCCAGAGAGACAUCAUGCAGUUAGGAAUUCAUUUCACUUUGAAGGAAUGAAAUAUAUAACUCUUUGGGGAUUGCAUUUGAGGUCAAUAGGGUGGAGCAUGCAAAAGCAUACCUAAUUGCCAUUCUUGGUCAGAUCUAUGUUCCCAUCUUUCCAUUUUCGCUCUGAUAGAUGCAGUACCUCAAGGAUCUCUACUAUAGACCCUCAGCAUCUGCUGGUUUGGGCUAUCUUUGCUGACAAGCUUAUUCUCUUGGUGCUUCACUUCCAUUAAAAUUGCUUAUGCUGGCUUUAGAGAAGCAUUUCACAGAUGUGUGUUCAUUGUUAACUAGCUCCAUCUUACAAUGCUGAUCAGUUUGAGUGAAUGACCCUUGAAAUAUGACCCAAGCCAUAGACUAAAAAUCAAUUUUCUAUAUGAUGGCAGGUGUUUGAACUUUUUCUUGUAAUUUGAUACAACCCACUCACCAAUGUGGUUCCAUUUUCCUGCAUUUGUAAUGGCAAAAUAUGGUCAUAGAUUUCAUAUUUGGUCAAUCUGUGUUGUGAACUCAUGUGUACUGGUUGUACUUUAAUGAAAUCUGCUAAGAAUGGGAGGAGGGAGAGAAGGCAGUUUAUUUUUAAUCCUGUAAAAUGAUUUGGGCAGUGUAUUUGUUAGCAGGUUUAUUUUUAUUUGAAGUAUCCGUGUCCAGGCUUACUAUUGAUACAUUACAUUCACAAGUAGGCCUGGGUGAUAUAUCAAUAUUGUACGCAAGUAGGAGUGGGAUUGUGGCUGCUCAGCUGGGGAGCGUGAAGGCCCUGCUCCCCAGCUCUGAGAGCCCUAACCCCACUCCUUCUUCCAUAGCUGCUCAGCUGGGGAGCGAGGAAAGAGGCAGUGCGCCUGCAUGGGCGAAACUGAAGGCAGUCAAACACAUGGAGCCUGACAGGCUCUGUGCAAUUGGCUACUCCCACUUGGUCUGUCUUCGUGGAGUGGGGUGUGUGCGAGGUAGCUCACCCACCUCCCACGCUGGUGAAGACAGCGGGAACCUCAAAAAGAAGCCCCAGGUCCCUGCCACUUGCGUGUGAGUGACAGGGACAUUGGAGCUUGCUCAGCUGGGGCCAGGGGCCAAUGUAGCUUCUUUUAACAUUGCGGUAAACCUAGCUAGUGAUACAUCAUGUUGUUAAAAAUGCAACAUCACCCAGCCUUAUUCACCAGGUGGCUUUCAAAGAACAUCAUGAACAAUCAAGAACCCAUACGAUCACAAUAAAAUAGAAAAAGUAGGAAUAGACUUAAGUAGCUUCAAAAAUUUAUGGAGAGGCAGUACAACAUCCUUGCUCUUAAUUGAAAAGUUGUAGAGAGAAGAGCUGUUCUAAUGGUAGGCAAACCCCUCUGAGGUGUGAGUGUUCUAUAAAUAGAGAAGGCCCUCUCCUCCGGAAAACAGAAGCACCUGUAUGCUUUCACUGAUGAGCCCAACACACAGGUACAUUUAUGUGGGAACAAGGAGUACCCUGAGCCCAAGCCAUUUAGGGCUUUAAAGCUUAGGACCCAUGCUUUGCAUAGUGCCCAGACACACAGUGGAUGCCAGUGGAGCUGUCUUUUAACAAUAGCACGAUGUUCCCUGUGGCAAGUUCCAAGUAAUAAUUAGCUGCUAUGGGGUGUAGCCAACUAAGGUCUUCUCAAGAGUAGACCUAUCAAAAUUAAUGAACCUAAGCUGGUUGUGUCAGGUAAUUUCAAGGGGUCUGCUUUGAGUAGGACUAGCAUUGGAAUCAACGCUAUAUCUUGCAUCUGCUGAUGUUUAAAAUUUGCCUUCAAAGGCAGACCCAUAUGCAGUUGUGACCGGAAGCAUGUGAUCCUGUACAAGAGGGAUCAAAAUUGGCAUUUUAAUCAAAGCUUGUGAAAGGUACUUUAUGCCAUUGAUACUGUGUGAACAUCUAAAAUAUGAAUCAGACCAGUAAGUACACUAAAGUUGUGAGUCUGUUCCUUAAGGAGAAAUGCAACCCAUCCAGAACAGGAUGUAACACUAUAUUCCUAGUUUACCUGUAUAUUGCUCUUAAGGCCAAAAAAAAAAGAAGAAAAAAAGGUAGUUGAUAAAUGUUCUUUGAAAUUCUCUUUCCCCCCCAUAAACAUAUAGGUACAAAUUUUAACUAAAACGACAACGGCAAUAAAAUAUUUUAAAUAUUAGGAGAGAAAAAUUAUUAACCACCUUGUCAUAGAAACUGUUGCUAUACAUACAUAUUAGGUAAAAGUAAAAUGGGAGGUGGCAUAGACAUCUAGGUGCUUUGCUAUCAUAAAAUCCGUAUUUUGAACAGCUUGAGAACAGUUACAAGCAUUGUAUGUGUGUGCCAUUCCCCUAAUCUCCCAAAUUUAGAGGUGAGUGGAUACCUGUGCAGUGAAAACAACACAUUCUUGCACGAGGAGGGAGUGUGCUAUCUGCAGGUUCAAUUAAACCUCAAUAGAAUCGGGGCUCUAAAAGGGGGAUGUGAAGCCCCAGUAACGAAUAGGCCAUUGAGGACUGAGUAUGCUGAAUGGGCAAGAAAUGCUGAUUAACUGUUAUGGCGUGGAGGAGGGUCAAUGGAAAAGUGUGGGAAUAGAAUGAAGUAUCCCAGAAAAAGACAAGGCUUGCUGGCUGGUAUACUGAACAGGAGUACUUCGCACUGCAACGUUUUAUUGCAGGUCCACUUGUAUAACCUGAAAACACAUUGGACAGUUUUGUGGAAAAACUAAGCCUUCCAGGUAUAUAUUAUGACUUUUCAUUUGUUUAAACAUGAAUGUAUGGGUUUUUGUAUCUUUCUUACUACCCCCUUCAUUUUGGAUUAUCAAGUGACUAUUUAAUUGUUGUGUUGUGCUCAUGAUGGGCUGGACAGCAAUGAAGAGAAUGUUUUCCCCCAGCAGACCUAGAUUCAGCAUUCUCUUUCCAGUACUUUUCAUAGUGCUGAAUAGUGCAGCUCUUCCAAAGUUACAAAUCUAUUAAUUCAGUUGUGAAACUUAAUUCACAUAGAAACAUUUGGUUAGUGGCUUUUUUUUGCCAGUGAAAGCUUAUUCUGUAUUAGACAUUAUUUGUUUCUGUUUUCAAUGUUCUUCUUGCAUGCUACUUCUAUAUACAAAGAAGCUUUAGCUUUCCCAAAAUGGUGGUGUGUCUGUUCCAACAACUAGGGACAGAAGCUAGGCCUUUGAUUUCUAGUCCUGUGCCUGAACUACAAGGUCAUUCCUCCUUAGUGUAUUUCUUUCUUUAUGCUCUGUGUUUAAAGUAAUAAUGCCCAAACUUGCCUUAUGAGGCACACAGAGGGUGGAAUAAGCACCAACAAGGCUAGAACAGGAAGAACUGCUUCUCUUGGGAUUAAUGUAUUGCUUGUUACAAAAAGGUAUAGUGAUCUGCCCAUGUGAUAUAAUUAGGUAUGUGUUGGGGAGGGAUUCAUAUUUCUCUAUGCACCUGGACUUGCAGGUCUUGGCAUUGCUCAGCAGUUUAGUGAGGCAACUUUGGUAACAAUUGUAGCAUUGCUUCUAGAGGAAUCAAGUGCUCCUGAGUGAAAUUGUGCAGUAAUCUUAAGAAAACGUCUAGUUUCUAUGGAAGAUAUUUGAGAACAUAUUCAAGCUGUGUGAUUUCAAUAUAUUCCUUUCCAAUAACCAUGUGAUUCAGUAUACAAAUUUCCCUGUUGGGGAACUUAAGAUGCACACAGACAUAUGUUUGGAAUUUAAUCCAAGUCCAGUGAUGGUGUUUUAGCAGUUGGACCUUUUUAUUUAUGGAUUUGUUGGCCGGUUAUACUUGGUUGUCUGAAAUUCAGAUAUGAAGGUGUUAGUUGGUGCUUUGAAGAACCUAGAUAGUAGUUUAGGAAGUUGCCAGUGAUCUAGCGAAGUGUGUUAUAUGUUAGUGCUGUAGGAGCUUCUUGCCAAAUAUGUGACAAGUCCUGUCGUCCAACAACUUCGAUAUUAAUAUGUUCACCAAGCAUAAUAGCAGUCACUGUCAAAUUAUUUGCUCUCUCUUGAGUGAGCAGAGGUGUUCAGCCAUGGUACUGCCUGCUGAAUUGGGGUAGGGGUGGGGUCUGACAGUCUUUUCUUUGUACAGAAUACCUCCAUAAGUUCAUAUUGAUUCUUUCCUAGGAGGUUCAUGGAGUGGAAGGAAUUAACAGAGAUGAAAGAAAUGGUCUGUAUGACUGCUAAGGAGUGAACACUGGCUUGGAAAAACAUAAAAUGCUUCAUACUUUCCACACGGUGAAAGUAUAUUGUCCUCUCAAGUUCACUUUUACUAGGUUGAAUUUCUUAAUUAUAACACUGUUAGAUUCAAUAUUAAUAUUAUAUGAUAAAUGUACUUAAUUUUCAUUCAUCAUUUGUUUCAAGGUUCAUUAGUACAUGUUGCAAAACAGAUUGGCCACACGGACCAUGGCCAUUUAUUUGAAGACCAAGAUUGCAGUUACUAGGAGGCAGGUACCUUUGAAUUCGUUAGGACCAUUUCCUGGCAAAUAUUCAUAGGAUGUUCCAAACUUUCCAGAAGCAAAAUUCAUUUGGCAGGGCAGUGUUUCCCCAUGAAAAGAGAAGUACACUUGUGGUUGUCAGGUGGAACUUUGAAAAUAUUCAAAAUUGAUUAAACCUUGCAAUUAUCUCAGAUAAAAGGACAUAAAAAUAAAAUUUGAACAUUACAGGCUCUGUCUUCCUUGGAGAUUGGGGCUGGAUUCCUGUGCCUGUGAUGCUAUGCCAGGUUGUAGCUUCAUGCACAUAUUUAUCUACUGUAUAUUUUGGAAAGUGAUUUGUUUGUCCAUUUGUUCUCUGUAGUUUUGGAUGCUUCCUAAAUAUAGUUGCCAAAUCGUGCUUGAGGGUUCUGAAGGCAGGGACACUGGUCUUCGUCAGCAUUUGGACUUUGGUUGCCAUUUUGAAUCAAGAUGGCAGUUUGAAAUGUACAUUCAGUGUGACUUCACCCAGUUGUUGGCAUAUGUUCGGCCACCUCUCGAGAUACCAUCGCCAAACUUGGCACAAGGGUUUCUGAGGUGGGCGUGGGGGCCUAUGUUGAUGUUGAGGUGCCAUCACCAUUAUGGAUCAAGAUGGCGGACUGAAACAUGACUUUGUGUGACUGCUCAUUUUGGGGCAUAGGUUCUUUUUGUCAAUGUUUGGAUGCCAGGUGCCAUUUUGAUUCAAUAUGGCAGACUGAAAUGUGGAAUUGGUGUGACUUUACUCACUUUUUGGAAUGGCAUGCCCAAACUCACAAAUUACACUUUAAAAAAACAAACAAACUCAAAAUAGUUUUUGGUUUCUAAAAAUUCCCCGGGAGCCCCAGCACUCCCUGCUAGUAUUCAAUACAAGUGUGGCCUAUAACAAAAAGUUGCAGUGUAGAGUACUCCUCUUCAGGUUGCCAGCCAUGCCUUUCUCCAUAGUACUUCACCUCAUUCCCAUUCAAUUUUCUAUCUUUCUAUCCCCAUUUCUUGAACAUUUGACAUUCUGACUGAUCAUGGUUGGUCCACAUUGGGUUGUUUUGGGAGUUCUCCCUCUGUGGGGGGUUUUCCUAAAUAUUUUUUCUUUUGGCAUUUCCUCAGGCCUCAAGGUUUGCACUAGCCUGCUGAUAGCAACCCCUCCCCCACAAGAGGGAGGCGUUUGUGACUACAUAGGCACUCCCCACCAAACACUGGAAAUAGAGGGGAUGAUUUUGGGAUGAACUCUGCCAUAUUUAUAACAUUUAACCAAACAAGGCAAAUAUUUUCCUUUCCACUGACAUGGUGGGGGUGGAAAGCAAUGCUUGGUGAAUACAUCUUGCAGUUGUCUGCAGAAAGCUUAAUACAGAACACUUUGCUUCUAGCUGAGAGUAUCUCAGUCCUAGUUUCAGCUACUCUUUUUGACUUGUAUAAACUGAGUACAGUGGCUCAGUUAAAGGCUAACUUACUGUAGCAUGAGCCUUUGUAUACAAGAGCCUGCUUCAUUGGGUGGACAGAGGAGGUGCUAGGAGUACACAUCAUGAGAUGUCCCCCGACAAGUAAGAAUUUGAUUGGUUGUCAUAGGGUGACUGGGGCCUAAAUACACCCAAAGUUGUUGUUGAAGAUGUUCUAACAGCAUCUGAGUUGUAUAAUGGAGAAAGUCCAACUGUAUGCAGUGGGCUUCGUUCAUACUUCAUGUUGCAAGUCAUGCUUCCUGAAUGAAGGUUGGUGAAUUUAGGCCAGAUGGCUGUAGGACUAAAUAACUGGUAUUUAUUAACUUGAUGGUAUAAGAGAAAUAACUGGCGUUUAUUAACUUGAUGUAAAUAAUUAAACAGGAAUACCAAGCUUAACAGUGGCCUCACUGUGGAAUCUCUAGAAGACCUCUUUCCCUAGAAAAGAAAUCUUAACUAUUAAAAGGUGUUUGCCUCUGAAUUAGUCAAUAUGGGAAAUAUUUCUACGAGCUUUGUAGUAUUGGGUGAUGUCUGAUUUGUCACGUAGUCUGCAGGUCUUGCAGUGCCUUGUUAAGGAUCUGUCUGUGCAGAGUACUUUAGUGUUUCUAUCUCUUCUGUCUUCAUAGUAGUCCACUUUUUUCAUUUUAUCAGAGUGAGAUUUGUCCCAGAACACUUAGGUGAGUUCUUAGCAGCAGUAGAAUCCAAGUCUUCGGCUCUUUGACUGGAACAUACUGGCUCAACAGUAGUGGUUCUUAGCUCUUGUUUGCUACUACAGGAAAAGCUUGGGAAAUGACUCCUGAUUCUGUAGUGAGAAAUUCUUUCCCCAUACCCUAGCAUAGUUAAUAUCUGUGCAUGGUUGUGCCGUAUCUUGCAGUGAUAUAGUAUGGGAAUGACAUCGCAUCCUGUAGAACAGGGAUAACCAACUUGGUGCCAUCCAGAUGUUGUUGUAUUACAAAUCCCAUCCCCGACAAUUGGCAGUGUUGCUAGGACUUUUAGUCCAACAUCCGGAGGGGUACCAUGUUGGCUGUCCAUGCCCUAGAACAAAGUACAGUGGUACCUCGAGUUAUAAACGCCCCAAGUUACAAACGCUUCAGGUUACAAACUCCACUAACCUGGAAGAGUUACCUCAAGUUGAGAACUUUGCUCCAGGAUGAGAACGGAAAUCGUGUGCCGGCGACGCAGCGGCAGCAAGAGGCCCCAUUAGCGAAAGCACACCUAGUUAAGAACAGUUUCAGGUUAAGAACAGACCUCCAGAACGAAUUAAGUUCAUAACUAGAGGUACCACUGUAUUGUUCUAGGAGGUGCUAAUUUCUAUAGGCCUCAAAUUUUGUUUGAUUUGCUCUCUCACAUAAAAGGGCACUUCAUCUACAGUGGUCCCUCUGGUUGCGAAUGCCUCUGGUUGCACACGCUGUGGGUUAUGAGCUCCGGUAACCUGGAAGUAGCCGCUCCGGGUUGCGAACUUUGCCCUGGGAUGUAAGCGGAAAUCGCGCGCCAGAGGCACAUGCCCAGCAGGAGGCGUAUUUUCAGUAGUGGUGCCUCAUGUUAUGAGUGGUUUCUGGUUACGAUCAGACCUCUGGAACGGAUUCCGUUCGUAACCAGAGGUACCACUGUAUUCACUUUUUUUUAAAAAAAACCUUCACUUUAAAGUUUCAUCUUAACUGAUCACGUGGAACAUACAUUAUCUUAACAAAGUGGAGAAGGUGGGGUUUUAGUUGUUUGUGGUGGUUUGCUGUGAUUGUUCUUCUUUGUAGCCACUGGCUACAGGAGUGAAAACCUGAUUUCAAAAUACUGAUUGAUGUAAUAAGAUUAAUUCCAUUUCAGUUUAACAUUUUGUACCCCACUUUUCAUUCAAAAGUAUCUAACAAUGACAUCCCUUAACACAAUACCAAAAUAAUAUGCAAAACACUCUUACAGUGAAAUUUUGAUUGUGCAAUGUAAAAUGACACACACACACACACACACACACACACACGUACAUAAAGCUGCCCUGAGGCUUUUUUGAAGCAUGUGAUUGGCAAAUAAAAACAAAAUGUUUUUGCUCUGCUUGCUGCCUCAAAAGAAAGUAACUGCAAAGAACAGAAUUGUAAACAAUUACAUUUCUUUACAUUCCAAAUGCGUAACUACGUAUAAUGGCUAUAAGAGUUUGAAUUGAAAACUGGAGACCACUACUGUACUUCAUAUGUGGCCCUGAUCCUUCUGGGCAGUCUUAGGCAAGCAACUCUUGCUGUCUGAGUAUUGGAAUAAUGGCCUAACUUACAUGGUUGUUGCGAGAAACAAUGAAAUGCUGCAUGUAUGCAAACUUAAUAGAAGUACUGAAAGUUGCCCACAAAGUUAUGCCUUAAUGAGUGUCUGGUGUGACGACCUCAACCCGAAGUCGUCCUUUUCUCCUGUCUAGUGAAACUGUUACUAGAUGUGACCCAUGGUGUUUGAAAAUCACCCAGAGAGCUCUGCUUCGGGAUUUGCUAUCAUCAUAAGAAUUGAAAUUGGCUCUGCCUCCUAGUAUUAUGGUUUCCUGCUAUACUUGUUCUUAUCCUACUGGAAGGUUUGCAGCAUCGGCUGUUCCUCCUUUCCCCCUGGCAUUAGCGUAAUAUGAAUUUCAGUAUCUAUUCAUCUGUAGCCAGGGAUCCCUCUCCUUGCUGAACAACUCCUGGUGUUGCUAACUUUGCUUUUAUAAGCAGUCCAAUUAAUCCAUCUGAACUGAUAUGUAGAUGGUUGGUGUGCGCUUUUUGCCACAAAUAGAAGCUUUUGCUAUAAUAUGGCAUUUUAAAACACAUGGGAAAGGCUUUUGGUUUUGUUUAUACUGUAGUUUACAUUGCUUGCAUCCUGUCUUUCCUGCUAGGAGCUAAGUACACCAUACAGGGUUCUCCUCCUUUCUUCUUUUUACCCAUUCAAUAACCCUGUUGGGCCAAGAGACUGUGACCUGCCAAAGACAAUUCAGUGAGAUUCAUGACGAAAUUGGGAUUUGAACCCUGGUCUUGUAAGAGCUAGUCUGACAGUGUAACCACUGCAAUAUUCUGGCUCUCCUCAUGUCACUGAAAAUUUAUUCCAUGUGAACUUUUACAAAAGCAGCAUAUCCCAAGCCCAUAGGAUAUUGGAGUUAAAUCAGUUGAGUUGUCACUAGUUGUUACACUUGCAGGUGUGUUGGAUAUAUAUUUGACCCCAAGUUGGAUUAUCUGAUACAAAACCACUGGCUUGUAUUCAGUGCUAUCCCUACUCAGAGUAGACCCAUUGACAUUAAUAGGCAUGACUAAACUGGGUCUACUCAGAAUGGAACAAAGCUGAUUUGAGCUUGAACUGUAAAUAGUAAGGAGCUCAAUGUGUAGUAACUUUUAAUGAAAAAGUAAAGACUGUGAGGCUGUUUAAUAGUGUUUUACAAAUACACAGUCCAUUAAUGAUAGCAGUUAGUUGCUUUUUGUUUAGUUUUUCCCCUGGACCUGGCUUUUGUUUGGAUGUGAAUGAAAAGAGUGAAGGAAGGAGGGCAGGAUUCAGACUUUGGGAACCCUUGAGUAGGGCCUUAAUAGUAAACUAUUUUAUAUCUACAAGAAGAUGGUGCUUUGAGUGUGUAAGGUGUUAGCACUAGUUGACACAGUUUUGGCCUGGGUGUGUAGUACUCUGUUUCCAUUCUGCCUUAAUGUGACUGAUGUCUGUCCUUGAUGGCAGUCUGGGCGUCAAGGGACAAUUUUGAGUUUCCACUGGGGACCAGUAGCAUGAAAACUAAAGGAUUUUGAUAGUAUGGAAUACAUGCCCUGCAAGACAAGGCUGAGGGAGCUGGGUUGGCUCAGCAUCAACUAAGUUCAAGGGGGAACUUCAGUUCAGAUGACUGUUGCUAAAACAUUGAUAUAAAGGUUGGAAAAUUGCUUUUGCUGGAAGGUGGGAAUGAGACUCUAGCUCUUGUCCCUUGUGGCCUUCCCAGGCAGGCUGGCCCCUCACCCAAUUUUGCAGCUUUUGAGGUAGCUUGCAUGCUACAGAAGGAGGAUUUAAUUCCUUAGGGCUCCCAUUUCCCUGACACUGCAUUGCAUUCCUCUCCAUUCUCAAAGUCCUGCACUAUAUGUGUCCCAAUUCUUACCUUUGGUAUUCUGCUAAUUUGUCUCUUAGCACCACAGUAGUCAACCACUCUGCUUCCCUAGCUGCCAUCUGGAUUCUUUUCUGCUGCUGCUGGAAUUGAGUUGCCCAAAAAGCAGUUAUCUCCCCCAACCCAUGAUUUCUUCAAGACUUUGCUCUUAUCUAGAUCCCCCCCUUUCUCCUCACCCUGCAAAAGUUGCUGUCAUUCUUUGUUUUUAGUUUUCUCAUAAGUAUACUGCCCCCCAAACAUGGUGAGAGCAUUGGCUAAGUGCUCCCAGGUGUUUACCCUUCCAUUGUUUCUCAACCAUUAAGCUGCUUUUUAUAGAUCUUCACUUCCCUUUUGCAUCUCUGCAUUGGUUGUAUUGGCCUUAUGACUCCCCUUCCCUUUCUUUAUUUCAGGCCUUGAUGCUUGGUAUGCUGCCUUUCUCUUAAAUGUUUUCACGAGCUCCUUUUUGGCUUCAGCAUUUGCAUUGUGAUUGUCUGUGACUGAGUAGCCUCUUGCUACCUCCCCUCCAACUUGAUUUCCAUCCUUUGGAAUGACUUCCUCACCUAUUGCCACUCUUAAUCUCAUCCUCUCUUAAGUAUUGCUUGUGUGACCUUUCUGGUUUGGAUUUUUUCCUGACUGUUGCUGUGACUGUCACAGUUGACCCUCCACCUUUUUCUUUCUUACCAGCCAUGAUAGUUCUGCUUGACCUCCACUGCCUAUGGCAGUAUGUUUCUGAAUACAGGUUGCUGGGAAUCUCAAGAGGGGACAGUGCUUUUGCACUCAUGUCCUGCUUUCAGGCUUCCCAUAGGCAUCUAGUUGACCACUGUGAGAACAGGAUGCCUGUCUAUAUGGCUACUGACCUGACCCAGUAGGGCACUUCUUGUUCCUUUUGGGAACUUCAGAUUUCUUAAAAGCCAUGUGUGAACUGUCACUUCUGCCAACUGAUUUUUUAGACUCCACUAAAGGCCUUAUAUUCCUUGUCCCCUACCCCACUGUACUGACGGCCUAUUUACUCCAGUAAUCAUGCUAAUAGUGUACAGUCCUAUCUUUGAUGUUCUACUCCCAGUUUGCUGAGUGCCUCCAGUGGAUCCACAGCCACAUUACUCAUCUUAGCUCUUAGCACUUUUGGGUCUCCACUGCUUCACUGUGAUUUUUCUCCUCUUUUUAAAAAUGUGAUGGCUUCUUUGGGAUUAGCUGUAUAUUUCUAACCCAGUCAUACUCACGUGUAGAGCCAUUGAUUUUAUUGGAUCUGCUCUGUGUAUGGCUAUUGUUGGAUAUCGCCUGAUAGGAAACAUAACACAACUAGAUGUUGAGGUGGAUCAACUUGGAACAGGAGGGGCUUCAUAUAACUUAAGUGAAUUGUUAUGCUGCUUGGGCUGCAAAGUAGACUGGUUGAACUACUAUACCUCUGUAUUUCAUUAUGGUCUUGAAAUCUGGUUGAAGAUCAGUUAUAGCCAUGUGAAAUGCCUUUUCUGUUAAUCAUCUUUUAUUGUGUGUCUAGACAGCUAUCCCAGACUUAUUCAUUAGACAGGAAGGACUUGCAAAAGGACUCUACGUAUAUUAUCAACAAACUUCUGGUUGGAUAGGCUAUAGCUCAGAAAUGGUUUUCUGUUAACUUUCAUUCCUGUGUGUGUGUGUGUGUGUGUGUGUGUACACACAUUAACAACAACGUUGGUAGUUUGUGUUAUUCAGGCAUGACAGCAGCAAUUACAGCUACUGCAGUUUAUGGGAAAGCCUCAUACUACAAGUGGGGGGUGGGGAGGGGAGCCAUUAGCACAAUCAAGACACAUUGGUGUGAUGCUUCUGAUACUAGUUCCUGUAAGAGAGGCUAUUCACAUCCAGUAUCUCCUUUUAUCACUAGUGGCAAUCAUAAUUCUGUGUCUUUAGUCCUCUUGAAAUGUACAACAUUAGUAAAGGAAAAAUGUGUCAGAUACCAGAGUGAUCUAGCUGAUGUUAAUUCAUUAUUACUUAAUUCAUUUCAGUUUAUUUUAAUCAGUUAACUGGUUAGAUGAAAAAUUUUCAUUUUUUUAAAGGCUACCUCUGUUUAAUUAGUAAAUUUCUUUUAAACUGAGUUUUCUAAUGCAGGUACUUAACCACAGGCGAUAUGCACAAUCUUAGAAGAGGCAUUCUCUUGUGUAUGAGGGAGGAGAAAUGCAUUUUCAAAUAAGACUUAAGACCUUUAAAAUUGGGGUUUGGUGUGAAAAUAGCCCUAGUAUUUAUGACCUCUUCAUAUUUCUAACCUAUACUGUAUCUGAAGUAUAUUUGGUUCUUGUUCUUUUCUUCCUUUCACCCAAUAUUUAGAUAUUAUACUGUCACUUCUAUUAAUCCUUUAAAGAACUUGUGCUGCUUCUGACAGUAGAGAUGCUGGAUCAAUGUGUAGAUUUACCUAGCUGCCCACUGAAUUUUACACAACUUCAAAUAUUGUGACACCAUUCUCUGCCCAAUGCAUAUUUUGAAGUACAAAUACAAUCAAAACACAUAUAAAUGUGGGUUAUUAUUAUUAUUUUUAAAAAUAAUAUAGAAACAGGACAAAGUGGAAUUAGUGGUGAUCAACUGUGAAAGUGACAUGGGAUGGAAAUAGGCAGAUCCAUCCCUGAUUGAGAAAUACUGCAGAAUCAUUGUCUACUUUCCAGUGCUACUAUCUGGAGAAAUCCCACCCGCAUUUCAUAGUUGUGUGAAGCUGUAUCCCCGCAUACAAUAAAUAGAACUGUGCCUGGCAUGGCUUGGCUCAGUUUGUUUGAAGGGAAUUCCUACUGAGCAUGGCCAAGUAUUAUAUGCCUAGUUAAUGUGUGUGGUGCUUUUCACAGUAACAAAAGAGAGGUCUCCCCCAAGAAGCUUACACUCAGUUAAUUCUACCUAGUCUUGCUUAUUUGUCCUACAAGCACUGCUAUAGACAAGUGGUACUGGUAUCAUGGCUUGGAAGUUAUACCUUUUUACAAGUGCCCACCUUGGCAAGAGUUGCUUGUAGCUACUUCCACUUUUGGAGGUUGUAUGCGUUGAAUACCAGUUGCUGGAAGCCACAGGAAGGGAGAGUGCUGUUGUGCUCAAGUCGUGCUUGUGAGCUUCUCAUAUUUAACUGGUUGGCCCCUCUGAGAACAGAAUACUGGACUUGAUGGGCCGCUGGCUUGACCCAACAGAUCCUUCCUAUGUUCUCAUAGGUGCAGUGCACAUAGGCAGAUUUAGGGGAGCAUGACUGGUUCACCUGCACUGAGCCAAAAGGCUGCUACAGGCCCCCCCCCCCACAACAAUGCCUUAGAACAGAAGGUGAGAAGUGUGGGGGUGCCAGAAUUUGGCAUUGCAUAGGGUGCUGCUGAAAUUUGAAAGCCCAAAGUCUGCCACUGCAGUGCAAUACUAGCAAUGUUGCCAAUUAAUACUUGCGAACUGUGGUCAAUCUUUCCCAUAUAGGUGGUGCUGGGUGGACACAACUUAAGGCUUUGUGACAAACACGAAAACUUGAAAAUACUUAAAGUUGUGAGAUUAACCCGAAGAUGGGAUUUGGGUGGGUCUAAAGUGUUAGGGCUUCCAAUUACCACAGGAACCAAUUGGCUACAGUUUCAUACAUAUAAAGACAUACAUGCUAAGCAGCCAUGUGGAAAGCAGCGUUAGAAACCCAUAAAUAAAAGCUAUUCGCCAAAUGGCUCCAUAAACCUAGAACCUAGUUACUGGCUCCGCAAGGGAAUGUCUAGGCACCCUUUUUUUUACAAGUUCAGAAAUCUGAAAAUGAAUUGUGUAUAUUGUCAGCACAAUAAAAUUCAAAAAACAUAAUGUGGUGUUUUCCCCCUUUUUUUGAGGCUGUUUUAAUUCCUGUGGGUUAUUUCAAGUGUCUUUUUUGGCCUUUUGAAAAUGGAGGCAAUCAUUCAAAAAGAGCAUCAAAUAAAAGGAGUACCCCAAACCCAUAGCUUUGUAUUUUGGGCAUAUUAAUCUGGAAUAACUACAAUUUCCUCAUUCUGUACUAACAACAAUUUAAAAAAGCUGCAGUGUAGGCUGCACAAGACACUAAUGACAUCUUCUAUAACAUUUUAAUUAAGUUACUUUCUUGGAUAAAUUGGAUGUACUGUAGAUUCCUCCAGUGGCCCCCUUCCCCUCCGUACUGUCAUCACACCCUGAGUAUAAAUCCAGGUGAAAUCUUGUUCAUUUUCCAUAUGGUCUAGUCCUCAUCUGAAGACUGCAAAAAACAAAGCCAUGCCUCCUCCCCCCCCCAAAUAUUCUUAUGUGGGUCCCUUCUCCAGUCUUCAGAGUGGCUAGAAGUGGAUUGAAGGAGGAGUGUGUUAGACUUGGUUUGAAACCUCAGCCAUGAAUCUUAAGAGGUUACCUUGACCCAACAUCUGACUUGUGUCUGCCAGACUCUGGAGGGAUCUUCCGCUUGAGGAUUCUGCUAUGGGAAAAUAAUUUUUAAAGGAUGUAUUGUCUCUUCAUUGGAAUUUGAUAUGUUCUUCCCAGGGUUCGAAAUUAGCAUAGCCCCAGGCUCAUUUUGUGCCUAAAGACUCACCAUUUGCGAGCACCUCAAAAAGUCUGGGUGCCAUUUUUUGUGCCUGGCUGACACUCAAGGAUUACUGAAAUGUAUGUGAUGGGAAGCAUCAACAUAUAUCUUAAGGAUAGACUAUGUGUUAACAAUAAAGAAAGUGUUUUGAAAACUGAAGUAUGGUACCAAUAUUUUAUUGUAAACACCAAAAUAAAAUGUGUCACUUAGGUGAACUGUAUAUUAAUUCAUGCUUAUAAAAAUAAUAAAUAAAAAGUGUUGCCUACCCCCCCCCCCGGGCAACUAAACAUUCUAUUUUGGCUCCCAGCUUUUCUAUCCCAGUUUCUAACAUUGGUUCUUCCUGCAUGUAUAUGGUCCUCUUUGGGAAAUUCCAAAUAAGCAGUUCCUGAUCUCACAGAGCAAUAUAAAGAAUUGUUGGGGAACAACUUGAUUUAACUAGAGAUACCUUCAGCAAGUAGUGCCUUUAGCAAGGGUUAAGGCGCUGUGGGUUAAACCACAGAGCCUAGGACUUGCCGAUCAGAAGGUCGGCAGUUUGAAUCCCCGUGACAGGGUGAGCUCCCGUUGCUCGGACCCUGCUCCUGCCAACCUAGCAGUUCGAAAGCACGUCAAAGUGCAAAUAGAUAAAUAGGUACUGCUCUGGCAGGAAGGUAAACGGUGUUUCCGUGCGCUGCUCUGGUUUACCAGAAGCGGCUUAGUCAUGCUGGCCACAUGACCCAGAAUCUGUACACCGGCUCCCUCGGCCAAUAAAGUGAGAUGAGCGCCGCAACCCCAGAGUCGGCCACGACUGGACCUAAUGGUCAGGGGUGCCUUUACCUUUACCUAAGCUGAUAUAGCCCCUUGCUACUCAGUACUAUAUUUUUUGCAGGUAAGUGAGAGAACGACAAGUUUUAGAGCUAAGCAAAAAUACAUGUGCUUUCCUAGAAGCAUGACUCUUCAUGAACUCACUUGGAUAUAGUGAUAUACCAUAGACUAGUGUUUAGACGGUUGAGUCAGCAUGAGACUUAGGUUUGUGCUUUCUCCUGCACCCCCCCCCUUCAGUGUGACCAGAAGAGAAGUUUGGAAGCUUUCACUUCUGUUUUUAGAUUAAUCUUAAUUUGUCAAGAUGAUCAAAUUUGGACAAACUGUGGUUAAUCUUAACUACGUCUUGUUGAAACAAAGAAGCUUCAUAAACUCGUGAUUAGGGUUGUAACACUAAACAAUGGUUAAUCUGAAAGGAAAGUACACUGGUACCUCGGGUUACAGACGCUUCAGGUUACAGACUCUGCUAACCCAGAAAUAGUGCCUCGGGUUAAGAACUUUGCUUCAGGAUGAGAACAGAAAUCGUGCGGCAGCGGGAGGCCCCAUUAGGUAAAGUGGUACCUCAGGUUAAGAACAGUUUCAGGUUAAGAACGGACCUUCAGAACGAAUUAAGUUCUUAACCCGAGGUACCACUGUAGAAGCUUCUGAUAUCAUGGCCAUGCUGAAGAAAAAAGCAGGGAAGGGGGAGCAUGCAGGCCUAAGGCUUGCUGUAGCAUAUUCUAAAAGUGUUACGGAGGUAUCUCGGUUUUGAGCGUCUCAGAAGCCAAAUGUUUUGGUUUUCAGUGCCGAAAACCCAGAGGUAAGUGCUUCCAUUUUCGAAUGCACCUCGCAAGUCGAAUGGCUUCCACUGCAUGUUUCCGAUUUCCUCAAUGGAAAUUGCAGACGGUCCUUUGCCCCUCAAUUUUCAAAUGUUUUGGAAGCCAAGUGGUCUUCUGGAACUGAUUACGUUCGAAAACCGAGGUACCAUUGUACAUCUGAAUACCACCAACAUAUCAGCUAAUGCUGAAACUAUGAAAUUGCUCCUAAAAACAAAGAGCUAGUAGCCCUUUGCUGAAACAAUAACUCCCCUGAUUAAAGCUAUUUUCAUAUUUAAACUCAGCAAUGUGUACCUAAAACUUUGCCUGGUCAGUUCUCCGCAUCUCAGGAGAGUGCCUUUGUUGACUUGAAAUAGUGUGGUGUUUACAGCACAGGGAAGACAACACCCCCCCCACCCUAACAUGGAACAGAAAACUAAUUUCUUUCUUUGGCCCGUGAUCCCAUCUGCGUUCAGCUGUGGGGAGCUGAUGGAGGCUGCAUCUGUGCAUUUGCCCAGCUGCAUUAAAUAUGUGUUUUGUUGGUGAGAGCUUUCGUCUGUUUGGUGGCUUCCAAGUCCCAGGGGUUCAGUGGUCUCUGUCCUCUCUGCUAGCUAGCUUGAGUGUGGCAGGGUUCAAUAGAAGCCGCCACUGGAGCAGCUGCUGCUUCUCCUUGAACUGCAUAGGAAGCAUUUUUGCUGUCUUUUGUACAGCAGCCCCGUUGGCCAAACAAUAGUUUGUGCUUUCAAGGCCAUGUGGAGAGUCACGUGACCCGUUGCUGUUGCUGCUGGGGUCCUUACCCAUCUGUUCUCUCCACUCUUUCUGGGUUAUCAGGCACAGGUCCAAGUUCUCUCCAGCAGCCAGCCUCCUGGUCAGAGAUUACGAGCCAGCGCUAACCUUCCUGGCGGGGGUGGUGUGGCUUUGCUUUUAUGCAGAUUAGCCAUGUGCUUCUCACUUCAAGACAUUUGAGGAAAACACAUUUCCUGUGUUUAGCUCUCAGUGGGUGGUUCCUGGCUUUACUGUACAGGGACGGAGGGUUGGGGCCUAUGAACUAAGAGCACUCUGGAGAGGGAUUACAGUACACUGCCCCCCUUCCCAUUCCACCUCCGCUGCUACGUCACCACAACACAACCACUCGUGCUCUCAUAGUGUUGGUGUCAUUCAUUCAGUGCCAAGAUUGCUUUAAAAAAUUCCCUUGGCCCCAGUUCAAACAGGAGUACAGCUGGGAUGUGUUAGAUUUUAGGCAGUCUGCCCUCAAUUUGAGAUGAGUUAUAAAUAGCUGUGCUGACUUCCUUAACUAGCACACUCUGAGGUAAAAUGCAGGUUAAUUACUGUGGGAAUCAAUUAGGGCUUCUCUCCGUUAAAGAGCCAGCAAGACUUUUUUAUUAUUAUUAUAAUAAAUCAGAUGACAAAUCUGGUCAGGAAUGAAUUCCAGACCUAAGGUAGGGUUUUCAUUUUCUCCAUAAUCCAAGGAAUCUGAUUUCUACUUCUGCUCAACACAUAUACAGUCUUUUUAAAAAGUCCUUUGCCUUUUGCCUUCAUUUCUACAAUUAACUAUGAUAACCUUGUAACAAUUUCCAGAGGGAUAGCUGUGUUACGGUAGCAAGAACAAAGAAGGGUCUUGUACACCUUAAAAGACUUAAUAAAUUUAUUAUGGCAUAAGAUUUUGUGGACUUCCGAGAGUAGAACCUGAAGCAGUUGAUUCAAAUGCAACAAAGGAGAUUCUGACUAAACAUUAGGAAGAACUUUCUCACAGUAAGAGCUGUUUGACCAUGAAAUGGACUAUCCUGGAAGGUGUGGACUCUCUAUCAGAGGUUUUUAAAUGAGGUUGGAAAACAUCCGUCAAUGAUUCUUUAGCUGUAAUUCCUGCAUUACAGUGGGUUGGACUACAUGGCCCUUGGGAUCCCUUUCAACUCUAAAAUUCUUCGAUUCAUCAAAUGCACAAAAGUAAAUUACCCUGAAUUUCAGGUAUAUAGAUACAUGAUGGGGGAAAUCGUAAACAGUGAGGACAUGAAAUUUUAUAAUAACCUUGAACAAAAGGCCUCCUUGCUUUCUUUUGCUAUCAGAAACCAGAUUCAUGGCACUGUCAUAGCAAGCUUUCUUUAUCCAGGAAAUAAUUGUUUUCUGAUCCCUGAAAAGUUGACAGCAUUGUUAGUUCUGUGGCUGAAACAUUUCAUUUAGCCAGGAAGCAACUGACUAUCCUUGGGUCUAGGCCAGGGGCCCUCAAACUACGGUCUGAGGCCAGAUCCGGCCCACCAGGGUCCUGAACCUGGCCCGCCCGCAAGGCCUGCGGCUCGGAAGUGGCCAGGCGGGAAGAGCCUUGAGGUAAAAGUGUGUGUGUGUAACGUGUGUAGCCCUGGUAACAUGGUUGCUACCACCGGCUUUGGCUGCUUGAUAAUGGCAUGCUGUCCCUUUAAGCCACCGGAGGGUGGGACGGUUGCGAAGGAACCCCUUCCAUGCCAGCCCUUACCCUCCUCCCUUCCCCUCAGGCCGGCUCCCUGCUCGCCGGAGCAGUGCCUCGCCGGCCUGUUGCGCACACGGGCCUCAUGUGGCGGCCUUGGCAGCCUUAAAAGUUAGGGAAGCACCAAAAACACAGGCAACAAAUGCAGAUAGAAUUAGCAAGAAGAGAAGUCUCGAUCACAACAGUUUAUUGUACAAGGGAAUCUCCAUGUAAAUAGUGGUCAAAAAUAACCCAGAAGAAAUGAAGUAUAAAGGUGAGGUAUAGGUAACUUACAUUAUUACUGAUAGCGCCUGUUGUGUGUCUAUCCUGGCUAUUAUUUUGAACAAGGUUGGUUUUUUUAAAAAAAUACAUGAAAAAGAGCAUGUUCUGGCACCUCUUUAGUCUAGCCCUCAACAGUGUCUGAGGGACAGUGAACUGGCCCCCUGUUUAAAAAGUUUGAGGACCCCUGGUCUAGGUAGAAGGUGAGAGAGGUGGGAAUUGGGAAGGUGUGGGUCUUGCUCAAAGAGGGCCAAAGAACAGAAUCUUGAAGCUCUUUGCCUGUCACUGCUAACACAUGUUUCAAAAGAUUUCAGUCCUAUGCAUAGUGGUAUUUGUGUAUGAGCAGGUCACCGCAGAUGGGGAAUGAAUAUGCUAUGUGGUUUUAAAUCAGAUUUCCAGUUACCUCAUGUAUGUUUAAUUGUCAUAAAGUUGGACUAAGAAAUUUUGGGAAGAGUUGCUCUUCACACAGAAAUAACUUACAGUACACUGCUCGUGCUCCAUUUACAUGUUUUACAAGUGCAUUAUUGGGGAAAGGUGUUAAUUCUGCUUCUAAAGUAUUUAGACUCUCUUGUACCUGAGAGCAAAGUGGCAUUUCAUAGGUUAAUUACAUUCUCUACAGUACUGCUUUAGUAAUACCCUUGUAGGAGAGCUAUUGUAUUUGAUACUCUGGCUGUUUGGAGGUGAGAAUUCUGAAUUGGGACCAAUUAGGCCAGUAGCUAUUGAAGUCUGUUGUAUUGCUAAUUGUCUAUUCAAAUAAAAGUGCAAGGAGAGUAACUGUAAAUAUCUGUAUGGUGAUCAGGCUUCUCACUUUGUACAGAUGUGGGUUUUGGGAAAAGUGCUAUGGAAUUGGCAAUUUUGAGAUUGCUUCUCAUUUCUUUGAAUGUAGGUGAGUUGCAAGCAGGGGGUUGGGGUUUCAAUGAUCAAGGAGUAGCGCUUUCUCUGUUAUGUAUGUCUGUGGAAGGACCUUCAGCUUUUGAAGUGCAAUCAUGAUAAUCUAUUCCUGUGGUUUCCUUUUGAAAGGAUUUCCCCUGUGUCAGUCCAGAAGAGAAUCUCCAGCGCUUUUCAGUCAGGGUUUGGUAUUUCCUUAUUUAUCCUGAUGUAUUCUUGCAAAUGAGCCAGUAUCACUUUUUUUCCUGCCAGUAACAGCUUCUGUCUCUUGUAUAAUAUCAUUCCCUGUAUUUAACUCUGGCAGCUGUUCCUCACAUCAACAUUCACUGAUAAAUACCCAAUUCAAAGUUUAAGUGGAAUUUUUGAGAAUAGGGUAACUGGUACAAAACGGUGGGCUGUAAUGAAAGAUUUGUGAAGGGGGCACCAUGUUUUAUUACUGUGAUUACAAACCCAAACCUUUUACUAUUUGGGAGUCUUUCAGACCCUUGGCCCUUUCAAACCAGAACUUGCUGGUGUUUAUGGAUUUCAAUAUUACAUACUGCUUUUUCAGGCAGAACAAAAACAAGAGAGUGUUGGCAGAGGUGGUCCCCCUUUUUUUUAGUCAAGAUAAACAUGGUUAACACUCAGAAAGUAGACUCAUGUCUGCCUCAAGAAAAGAAUAUCAAUGACACUUAUAUAAAUAUGGCAUUUUGGGUGCUUUGGAAAUUGAAGCUUUGUUUUUUGUCAAUGGCAUCAUAUUAACUAUAUUUGAACUCAAAUGUGAGGAAAGUAAUGAGUGUUAAUCUGGUCUCCUAAAAGCUGUUUGUUUAACUUGCAGGCACUUGUCUACUGGUCUUUAAUGCUAAUAACAUCUAUAAAAUUUUGGAAUAGGUGACUUACUCUAGAGGGGUGAAGUUUCCUUGGACUGUGUAGUGACCUACAAUAUGAUGCCUAUGCCUUGACUGAGAAUUUUCAUUUUCUUCAUGGAUAAUUUUAUAUGUUGGCAACUUUAAGUGAAAUGUAUUUGACUUUUGCCUUGUCUAUAUGUUGUUGUUUUUUACUGAUGAGUCUGCCUUUCAUGAGUAAGACUGUAACAUUUAUAUAGUUACAAAAUUUCAAAUUGCUAUUUAAAACAAAUCUUACAAUUUUCUUUCCUAGCCAUCCAGCCCAAUGGAUCAGAUGGGAAAGAUGAGACCUCAGCCUUAUGGAGGAAACAACCCAUACUCACAACAGCAGGGACCUCAGUCAGGGCAACAGCAGGGCCACGGAUAUCCAGGACAGCCGUAUGGGCCUCAGACUCCCCAGAGAUACCCAAUGGGAACUCUAAGCAGGACACAAACUGCAAUGGGCACCGUCUCUUAUGCACAGCAGGUAAAGAGAAGUGAAUUGCGGAUUGAUGUUAAAAAUCUGAAAUGCAUAGAAUUACUGUUUGUGUGUAGUGGCCAAAUGCCAGUGUAAUGGGCAAGAAUGCCUGAAGUACUUGUGUGAUGAAGUGUUGCCACAAGAGAAGCAAAAAAGUGUGUUAUUUAUUGUUGAGUAUACUUUAACCAGCUGCAGCAGCAAAGAGGUUCUUUACAGAAUCCUAAACCUUCUGGGUAGCAUUAGAUUUUCUGGCUGCAUCUUUGCACUUUGUUUGGAUCUCCACCCAGAGGCGUAGGAAGGUCAGGUGGUACCCGGUGUGGAAAAUUUCUUGUCAACCCCCCCCAUUUUUUAUUUUUUGCCUCCAAAAAUGGUUUUACAUCAUUUCAUAUUUUCUUACAAAGGAAUGUGGAUUCUGGGCCUCUGAUAACAGGUAGGCGACUGUGGACAAAUACUUAAAUUUAUAGAAUGGAUUUUGUUUAGGCUUGUGUUAUUUUAUUUAUAUUUAUAUUUAUUCUUUAUUUAUUUAAUAAAAUUUAUUUUAAAAAACCUGCAAAGUGGUUUACCAAAAAACAAAACAAAAAACACAGCAGUAAAAUCAAGAAAAAUUAACAAUCCUACUUUAGAACAUACAAAAGCUAAAAUAUUAUUAAAAUUACUUCAGCUUCCUAAGCAUCUAGGUAUUCUUGCCUAAAGAAGAAUGCUUUUAGCAGGUGUCCAAAAAGAGUCUAGCAAAGGCACAUGCUUUAUUGCAAUAGGCGGGGAGUUCCAAAGUGCAGGUGCUGUCACAGUAAACAAUUCAGUACAGAUAUUAUGUGGAACCUGUAGUAGUGCUUGAAAUUACUGAAGGGGAGGUUUUAUUUAUUGUGAUUUCACCAUGCUCUGUAUUAUCUGAAAAGGAAAACAUUUAUUUAAAAAACAGGACUGCACAGCAGCAAUCUAGUCUCAUCAUGAUUAGUGGGACUUAUUCCCAAGCUGAUGAUGCAUAAGAUGGGCUGCAAUCCUAUGCACCCCUUGCAUCCAACUUGUACCUAAAACUCUGCACAAGUCAGAGAAUUGUAGAGCUGGAAGGGACCCCUGAGGGUCAUCUAGCCAAACCCUGGGGCAAUGCAGGAAUCUCAACUAGACCAUCCCUGACCGAUGGCCAUCCGUCUUCUGUUUUUCCCCUUAGCCAGGACACACAGCAACAGAGACUGGAGGUGGGGGAAAAGAUAAAUUUUGACAGUGGGGCAGAUUUGUCAGGCGUGUGCAGGAACAGCUUGAAGACUUUACACAGAGAGGAACCCCACACAGGUUUCCCCGCAUGUAACGUAACAGGCAGGGAGCCAGCUCAAAUAGAGAGAAAGACAUUGGGGGAGGACAGAACAAAAGAGUACCAAAGUCCGCCCAUUUUAUCCUCUUUGAGAUGGUGGCGCUAGGGCUCUGGGACCCCCCCAAAUAUUUACUUGUCUUCAAUGUAUUGUUUUGUUGUUUUUUUAAUGAUAUUUAUUAAAGUUUCAGAAGAUACAAGAAUUACAUAAUGUAUUGUUACCACUGUUAUUCUAUAGGCUGACUUUCCAGGAUCCGGGAAGCCCAGCGGAGGGUAGGGCAGUAGGGCUGUUCCUAAAAAAACCUUUUUUUGAAAAUGCCUGCUCCAAAGGUCCUAUCUUACUAAACUAGGGAUUAUAUAGCUAUAUCUGAAAUUUCAUGCAUAUCAGUUAAUAUCUUGACCCUGCUUCACUAAAUUGAAAUUUCAGCCUUCACAACAUAGGAAAACUGCCAAGUAAACAGCUAUUUUUGUGGAGGAGGGUCAAGAUGUUAACUGAUAUGCCUGAAAUUUCAUAUAAAACUAUAUAAUCCCUAGCGUAGUAAGAUAAGACCUUUGCUAAGACCUUUGGAGCAGGCAUUUUCAAAAAAAUUUUUAGGAACCGCCCUAGUAGGACAGUAAUUGUUCCUUGAUAAUUUGUCACCCACCUCCACGAUGGCACCCAGGGCACCCCCCCCACGUCCCUGUCUCCACCUACAUUUUCUCUUUCUUCCUUGCAUAGAUCCCUCCUUACGGACAGCAGGGACCUAGUGGAUAUGGGCAGCAGAGCCAGACUCCCUAUUACAACCAGCAGAGUCCUCAUCCCCAGCAGCAGCAGCAGCCUUCUUAUGCCCAACAGCCGCCAUCUCAGACCCCUCACGCCCAGCCUUCUUAUCAGCAACAGCAAACUCAGUCUCAGCCUCCGCAGCUCCAGUCAUCCCAGCCCCCAUACUCCCAGCAGCAGUCGCAGCCACCACAUCAGCAGUCUCCAUCUCCGUAUCCUCAGCAGUCAGCGGCUGCCCAGCAGCAUCCACAGAGUCAGCCUCCCUACUCCCAGCAGCAGUCACAGUCACCCUACCAGCAGCAGCAAGCUCAGCAGUCUGCUACCUCGGCACUUUCUCAACAGUCUGCAUCUUACCCUCAAUCUCAGUCGCAGCAGCAGUCGGCAUAUUCUCAGCAGCGCUUCCCACCUCCACAGGUAAGACUUCUUCCAGGUGCUGCUGCAGACCUGUUCUUGGAUGUCAAGUGCCAGCACAAAGCAGUGUUGUGUCUCUUGGAAACAUUACACAGUGACACUAACUGAUUUGGUUGUGCUGUAGCCUUUUACACCUUGGGUAAGGUUCUUUAUGCUUUUAAAGGAAGAAAUAAGGAUAAUUGCAACUCUGUUAGGGAGCAAGUGACCACUCAGGUGUGGAAAAUCAUAAAGUGUUGUUGGCUCGUAAAUACAAAUUGGGUCAGGCAUGCACAACUUGUGACCCGGCAAGCUGAAUGUUCUCAUUAGCCAUCUACAGCUGCCCACCAGGAAGUUCAAUAAAAAGAACCUUCUUUUGCCUAUCUGUGACCACAAAACAGGGAGUUGCCAAGUAGGUGGGAAGCCACAGCACAUAAGUGACCUGAAUUAGAUACUUCUGUUACAUUUUAUAUCCUUCCUUUCCUCCAAAGAGGUCAAGGAGGUGUGUGUCUCUUCUUUCUUCCCCACCCCAUGAUAACAGGUUAGACUGAGAGAGAGUGACUGGCCCAAGGCCACAAUGAUCUUCAAAGUUGGGGUGGGGUGGGGUUUGAAGACACUAACCAAUAUAUCACAGUGUGGCUAUCAAAUAUAGGACAGGGUAAUACAAAAUGUAUAUUUAAGCAACUGGAUGAAGAAUAGAUCAAAGCUAGAAUCCAUGUGCCAAGCACCUUAAAAGUGGAGAGAGAAUUCCCUUCUCAACCUUUAGGCCAGGAAAAAGUAUGAAGGACAGUGGGGAGAGGUAAUUAAUGAUGGGAUUGAGACCAGCAAUGAGGGUAUUUUCUUUGGCCUCUGUAAAACUAUAUUGAAGGGAAAUGAAAUAGCAGCCUAAGGAGCUUUGAGCCCCUUCCCUGUGUGCAGCUUGUUUAAGUCAUGGCAGAUCCUGUAGCACCAUGCCUGCUGACCUUGGAAGACAUAGGCAGAACUGGGCAUGGAUAAUGCCUCAGCAUAGCAUUUUUUCUCCGUGAUGCAUUACUGAGGCAGUGGUCUUCUUUAAGGCUUUCUAUGCUUUCAGCUUAAGGCCAUAGGCAUAGAAAGAUGUGGGCAGCAGUGCUGCCUGAAAUUUGCCUCAUUGGCAGAGAGAAGGAGAAGGGCUAAUGGGGAGCUAACUGUCUGAGCACCUAUUUUGUUUCUAAGCACAAGAAAUGGCAGAGUGCUUGUGGGGGCUGCCAGCCUAUGCAUUACCCCCAUCUCUUUGCCAGAGACACAGAGAGGGGAACAGCUACCCAAGAGCCCCUACACAUCUGGGAUAUCCAGCAAGGGGCUUGGGUGGGUGUUCAUUUCCAUCUCCAUCCUUUGGGACUACAUCGGGGUGGGUAACCUUUUUUUCACUCCCAAGACCCACAUUCUCUCAUAGGGAACUGCAUGCUAAUGAUGGGUGGGGCUAGAGACAAAAUGUGGCAGAUUAAUGGAUGUGACUUUCUCAUGCCUGUUAAUGGGCCCUUCAGGAGCUGACAGGCACAAUCUUCCUGGCCUAGACUUCUUCUCUGUUCUACCUCCCCCUCCCAUUCUGAGUAGGGUUUUUUUAGUCUCACAGGAAGAGAGAGGAGGGAGAGAAGCCUGCUCCUGAUGAAAACACGAAGCAGCUGCACCGCAUUCAAAGGGGUCUGGGAUCCUGGCUCUGCGACCCACCCCCCUUUCAUGAUUCAGACUCCACACCAUUGAAACUAGAGACAUCAUAUGGGGCAGUUGAUUGGAACAGUGUGUGUUGAUAGAACAGGGCUAAUGCUGUGAGCCAGGGUGAGGAUAAAAUAGGGAUUCUUUUUCCAUUUCCAAGAUCUCUUCUCUUUUGUUCAUUGGAUUGAUCUCUUGCAUUUCAGGAGUUAUCACAAGACUCGUUUGGGUCCCAGGCAUCAUCGGCUGCCUCAAUGGCUUCCAGUAAAGGGCAAGAUGAUGUGAAUUUGAAUCUUCAGUCCAGACCCUCUAGCUUGCCGGUGAGUCAAAGGUCCCAUCUUAUAAAUGGCUUGGGUUUAAGUUAUUGGAAGCACUGCAAGCUACUUAAUAUGCAUAGCACAUGUUCUCGUUGGAAAUAAAAAAUAGGACCAUGUAUUUAUUAAAGCCAACAACAUUUGGGCACCCACUUGCAGCAGGGGGGACUUGUUGGAAAUGGAUUAAAAAUAAUAAUGUGGAAUUCUGAAAACAACACCCUCUACCAUACCAGAAUAUAAAUCAAAUUUCUACUUGGGCUAUAGAAUUAAGCCUGAAAUUUACAGAUUAUAUGUGGUAAAAUCUCUUACUUCAUUACACAUCAACACCUGCUAUACUCUAGUGGAACUUGUUACUGUGUUAGUUACUAUGUUAUAGGUAUGGACAUUUUGGUGUCAGUUUAGAUUUAUUGCUGCUGUGAAACCAACCAGUAGAAGAUGAAGUCAACAAAGCUGCCCUGAUACUCUGCAGAAGAGAGAAACCAUAUUCUACCAUCAAAUCUUGGUCAUCUAUUGCUUCUAUACUCUGUGUCCUCUAGCCAUUUAUCAGUCAUUUAUCAAUAUUCUUUUAGUCCGAGUGUGAUAAGGCUGUGGGAUUCAAGUUUAGUGGUGGUCCAGUUCACUGUUGGUGCCAAGCAGUGCUGUAGCUGGAGACGUAAAGGAUCAUACAUACUGCUAACUAUUUAUGGCUGUUGCUGUAUCUUCUGAGUCUCAUUGAGAAUAAUUAGUAGGCUAAUGACUUCAUAUGUAUAGCUUUUCCCUGUUCCUGAAAGGACAGCCUUUUCAUAGUGUUUGGGAAAGCUGUUUAGUGCAUUGGCCCAGUGCCAGGUCUCUCCUCAAGAGACUGCCCCCAGCAGGCUCAAAGGAGAGUUUGAGCUGCUGACCUAGAAUUUGUUACUUCUGCUGGUGCUGGAGUGCUAUUUGGCUUUCAGAGCUCUGAGUGCUCUCAAAUAUGCAGUUGCAUGAGCAAAAUGCAGAAGAGGUUAAAUGGAUGGCAGAAACUGCAUGUUUUAAAUAUUUCUAGGAUUUAUUAGAUUACUUUCUGAAGAGGAAGUUGACGCACAACAGUUCAAUAAAAAGUUAUAUUUAAUAUAUGUAACAGAAUGCAGUGUGUGUUUCUCCCCUCCUUCUGAACUAAUGAAAGUUGCAGAGUAGAUUCAUGCUUUCUGAUAUGAUAACAUGUUCAGUGUUACCACCACUUCUUUUAGGAAAUAUUGCUUCUUGUAAUGAGUAGUUUCCUUUCACAUAGUUCUUCCGAAACUGUAUCUUAUUUGACUAGAUCAGCCUUAUUUAAUCUGAUACUUUCAGCUACAGCAUCCAUCAGCUCUGACUACCAGCCAUGUUUGCUGUGGCAAAUAAGAGUUGUAGUCCAAAAAGUUUGGUGGCGGGCAUGGGGUUGGGAAAGGCUGGACUAGACAAUGUGGACUUCCUCUAGGUUUUGAUGUUAGCUGUUAAUUCUCAAGUGACAGAAUAAGUUCUGAUGUUGAAUUGGAAUGCAAGAUAGAAGUUUCAUUUAGUAGUGUAGUGGUGCUGUUUCCGCAAAGUCUUUCAGUUGAUGGUUUGUCACUUGUUGAAAUUAGUUACUAUCUUUAGUGUGGUGAUUUCUUUUCAGAACAAAGUAGGGGUAUUUCACAUUUUUGUGACUUAAAGGGUGGCUAGGCAUAUAGUCCGCUAGUGUUUCAGGAUGUGCUUAUGAGAAAGUCUCCAUCUCUUUAACCAACACUAGGACCAGCUAAAGUCCCUAGAUGCUUGAAGAAUUAGUAUUCACUAGGGAUUGAUGGGUGUGCUUUUCUUUCUAGAUGAGCUCCGUCUCUCUGGGAAUUUAGGUUAGUUUUGCUGGCUUAGUGGAUUCUGGGUUGAUAGACAGCUGCUUGUUUUGACUAAGCUUAGCAGCCUCUUGCGUUCUCUAGCUUGGUAAUCUGCAGUCUCUUUACAUUUGUUACAACUAAUUGGCACAAGAAAGUGUGUCCAAACCAAAACAUCUGGGUACCAGGUCUCUGCUCCUCCAGAGCAGUCAUAUGCAUGUCCACUCAGUCUCAUUGUGUUGAGUAGGACAUGCCUUCAGAUCACUGCAGUUCUGUGCAUGCUUGCCUGAUGUAAAUGACACUGAAUUCAGUGGGACUCACCUCUGUGUAGAAAUGCAUAAUGUUGGGCUGUUGGUGUCUGUCCUAAUACUGCACCUCUGAGAGGUCUGGGACAGCCCCCUGCCCAUGUCCCCCACUCCUCUAAUUUUGGUGCUGGAACGGGGAUUGGCAGGAUCCCAUAAUUGUGUUGGGCAUUGGAGGCUCAUGAAAGUCUAGUACAACUGUGAGAACCCUGCCAGCCCAAGCCUUCCAAAUUCAAAUUUGCUGCUAGACAAAGGAGCACAAGUGUUUAUUUUGAUUCUGGGAAGCCAAGGCCCUUGAACUUCUUCUGCUUGCCUUCCAAAAGAGUCCCAGCCUUUACCUCUUGCUGUCUAGGAAAAGGUUGGGGUUCAUGUAGGUAGCAGAGUUCUACCUUUGGGUGCCUCUGCAGACUACUGCUGAAGUGGCCAGCUUCCUUUCCAGAUUGCAGCUGGAAAACUGGGCUUUCUCUCUGCCUCUUUCUCUUUCCACCAUUUUCUUAACAUUUUAACCUAGAAAGGAACAAACAAAAUAAAUGCUGCUGCUGUUGUGACAUGCCUGAGGUUGGGGCAUGGCCCUCUAACUUAAGGCUACUUUUCUAAAUAGAGUACCUGAAGGCCACCACAUAAUCCAGAAAUCCUUUAUCAUGGCCAAGUUCACAUCUGCCUGUUUCAUAUACAUUAUGCACAAAGGAACAUUUCUCCCACACUACCACAUUUUUAUAUAAAUAGAUUUUCUGAGCCCUCGGUGUGCAGAUAGAAAUGUUGCUUGUUCUUUCAGCAGUACCGGGGGAAACUUGGGAAUUUGCUGUUCAGGGGCAUGAAUGCACCCCAUCCCUUCUCCAAUCUAGACAGGUGUCUAUAUAAAAAAACCAAAGUUGUUGUGUGCAUGGAACAAAUUCCACAUGUGCAUUGAGACUUUCCCCCUCUCCUUUUCCUGUGCACUCCCCUGCGCCACCUGAGUCUGCUCUGAAGGGUUCGGGGAACACCAGAGGGCGAGGGUGGGUGCAGAAAAAGUGGGGGAGAGACCUGUUGGGUUGAGAGGACCUUGUUUCCUGUUCACAUAUCCCACUUAGCGCUACAUUGAACUCCAUCCAUUGAAUUUGUCUAAUGUAUUGUACACAGUCUAAAAUGGGAAUCAGAUCACUUUAGUAUUGCUUCUACAACAUUUUGGAUUGAGAAGCAGCUGCAUGUACAGCUCUGAAUGCUAGUAAUAAAAUGCACAUAGUUAAGAUGGCCUCCUCCUUAAGAUGGCAGUAGUGAUGGCGAAUAGUUCAGUAGAGAACAGGGCUGGAUGAAGUUGGGGGAUUUCAGUGAAUGGUGGUUGAAAGAAAUGUUCACUUUUGACUCCUCCCCAGCCCCUCGCCCUUUUCUUUAUUUGGAAUGGGAGGACUGUAUGCAUUUAAAGAGCUAAACUUCCAUCUUUCCCAGCCAGCAUGGUCAGUGGUGAGGGACAGUGGGAGUUUUGAGUCCCACAAUGUCUGGAGGGGCACAGGUUCCUCAUCCCUGGCCUAAAAAAGGUAGGCAGAGCUGUUGUUGGUGUAUACUUGUGGGAGGCUGUAUCCCAGCAAUUCAAGAAACUAUAGGUGAAGACUGAGAUACAGUUUCAUAGUUGUGACUGGAACUUCCUUUUUUUCUUUUCUUUUUCUUUUGCUUUAUACACCUUUUACUUCAUCUUGACAACUUUGGAAUUUCUCUUUUUAUAUCUCUAAGGCAUUCUGUAUUAAGUUACUUGUGUUUAAAGCAAUGGUUUUUCAAAGAGUGACUUUUGAGGGAGUGGGUCAGCAAUCCAACCUAUAUAAAGUGACCUGCCAGCAAGUUUUGUUGCCAUGAAUGGUACUUUUACAAAGCUUCUUCUCCUGCAACUUGGCACACAGGACUGCAUUUAAUAGAAGGCUGCCUAGGUGCCCUAACUUAAAAGGAAUAGCUUAAGGGUAUAUCCAGCUAACUCUUACUCAAGGCAGACCCAUUGAAAGUAAUGGACUUGACCAACUUAGGGCCAAUAAUUUCAGUAGGUCUACUCUGAGUAAAGGUUUGCAGAAUACAACCAUUAUUUUUCUUUACUAAGCAGUGUUCACUCUUAAGUGACUAUAUCAUUUGUUAGCAGUAUGUGCACAGUAAAAUAGUGGGAGGAAUGGAAACAGGGCUAUAGCUCAGGUAGAACACGUGCUUUGCAUCUUGACAGUUCCUGGUUCAAGCCAUAGCAUGUUCAGGUCGGGUUGGGAGAGGCUGGUUGGCUGAAACUAUGGCGAGCUGCUGCCAGUCAGUGUAGACAGUAUAGAGCAAGAUUCAGUAUUAGCAACUCCCUAAAUUCAUAGGAUUACAGUGUUACUUAGGCUCAAUUAACUUCGCCACAGCUCAGAAUUUGAUAAAAAUGUUUCACUUUGCUUCCAAGAAAUACGCUUUUAAUUGGCAGGUUAACCCUCCCCUCACCUCUAGCACAAAUGAUCAGACACUAAGUUGGUAGUGUUAUUUUAUUGCCACGAUCUAACUUGUGCAGAGGACUACUCUUCUUGAGGUGUUCAUUACAGCAAUAAUUUGACCUUGUUUUCAUGUUUCCUUAGCUGGCUAAACUCACUCCACUUCCGUGAUACUGUGUGGCGUGGCAUUUUGACAGCCUGAUAUAUACUGUCUGGCUAUGCCAAAUGAACUGUGGGUUGCUUAGACUGUAUGAUGGGAUGCUUCUGACUGUGUGCUAACCACUUAAUCAGCCUUCCACUUAAUCAGAACUUGAAACUAACGGUAAACAUGAUUAUAGCUUCAAAGAUCAGGUGUGUGCUCCUUUUUAAUCCACUGUUUUUAGUGUAUUUUAGGCAGCUUCACAAUAAUAAAUAAUAACAGCACUUACUGUGCUUCAGGGUGUUUAAAGUGUUUCAUGUUAUCUUGUUGUAAUCCCUUGCAACAACCCUCUGAAAACUGUAUUAUCAUCAUAUUUGGGUGGGAAGCUUAGGCUGAAAGUGAGUUGCUUAAGGCCAUCUAGCAGAGGCAAGAUCUGAACCACAGGCUUUGGAAUUCAUCCCUCAGACUCUUAGCCACUGUGCUAUACAAGCCAUGAUGAUCAUUUGUGCUGAUACAACGCUGAACAGCAGUACAAGGCAGGAGGAAUUUGUAUUCCAGAAAGGAGUGGGUGGUGUGGGGAGUGGCUAAGUGAUCUGUGGCCUUCUUCAAAUUGCUUAACCAUGUUAAGCAAAUUGUGACUGUGUGCAUAUGCACAUAACCACCCUUGGUUGCAUAGACAAUUUUAAAAAGGAUUCAAAAUGAAUAACAGUCCAAGCAAGUCUUGCUUGAUCAAAAAUGGUCAGUCAGUUGAUAAAUCAAAUGCUAUAUAAACUCUGAAUUUGUAUAGCUGUGGUCUGCUCAGGAAUCAUUUUGUCCAUGCUGCUGGAAAAGGUACCACUGGGAAGCUGAGAGGGUGUCAAAUGUGUCAUCCAAAGACCAACACAGUUCUUAUCUGGAAGCAGAACAGUGCAUAUCUUGAAGCAAGGACAGAAAUAAGGGGCCUAAAGGAUUGGAGGAGGAGGAAGGGAGAGAGACCGUGGGGAAGAAAGAGGGGACAAAGCUAGAUGAGAAUGAAUGUAAAUAUGUGCCCUUCCUUUGGUGUGCAUUUUGCAUAUUUAAAGCAUUUAUUGAGAACUGCAAUCAAUAAUACUGAAAUCAAAUUCUGAAUCACUGAAUAGUAUAGAAAUAUAAAUCUAUAUGAGUAACAUUUAGAAUGUGAAAACUUAACUUUGGUUAGCCCUUGUUUUCAAAGAUAAAAGCCAAUGUGGUACCCUCCAGAUGUUGUUGGACUACAACUCCUACUACCUUGGCCUAUGGCUCUGCUGGCUGGAGCUGAUAGGAGUUUAAAUCCAUUAAUACCUAGAGGACACUAUGUUGGCUACCCCUGCCUGAAGCAUUUCAAAUAUUAUAUCAUGGAAUUUUGCAGCAUCUGAAGAAAGAAGAAGAAAAAGCCAGUUUACAAAUGCAGUUAACAAUAGUAGAGCAGGUUCCUAAAAUUAGGGUGAUGAUGGUCCUGACUCCUACAGGACUAGGAGCAAGGCAGGGCUAUAUCUCAAUACCAGAGCACUUGUUGUACAUAUGGAAAGUUCCAGAUUAAAUUUCUAGUACAGAGAUGAGGAACCAGUGCUUUUCCAGAUGUUAUUGGACUCCCAAGUCACACCUGCCACAGCCAACAUGGGCAGUGGUCAUUGAGUUGCCUCCCAAAAGUUUCUGGACAAUCUUAGUUUCCUCACCCCUGCUCUAGAAUCUCCACUUUAAAAGUGUUGUGAAAGACAUUUGCCUCAGACUCUGGAAAGCCACUGCCAAUCAGCGUGGAAAAUACUAGAUGGAUCACUGGUUUGACUUUGUGUAAGGCAGUUUCCUGUGUAAAGCUUCACUCCAGCCUUUGCAUUUGGAUGACAUCAUGAAGAAAUAAGGUAGGCUGCUACCUACAAAAGGCAGUCUUAGCUUGAUGGAAGAUAUGACUACAGAUAGAGGUCAGUAGGUCUGUUUAUCCCAUUCCAACCCUAAUCAAACUAUAUUUUCUCUUUUAUGGAAAUUCCUUCAGAGAAAGGAUUAUGGUGCAAUAAAUAUGCCUAAUAAUAAUAAUAAUACCCUGUUAGUUACCUUCCUAACGAACACGGGCUUUUCAUUGUGACUUUAGCUGCCAUGUGUGUUACUCUGAGUUUAAAAAGGAAUCCUCAGAGCAUGUUACACAUAGACCUGUUUUGCAUUUGACUAAACCAUGACUUAAGCACUAUAAGCAUGAGCAGGAAGGAUCCAUUGCCCACGGCUGUGAGGAUGACAUCAACAGAAUUUAGUUUCACUUUCCAUGUCAACUUGCUUGCUGUUUUAUGCAAAUCAGAGAUUGUGGUUUAAAAUGAACUCUGGUCCAUUUCUAAAUAAACCAUACUGUAAUCCAUAAUGGCCAGUGUUUUGAAUCAUGAUCUGCGGUUUAUACAUAACAACAAUCUAUGUUACACGGAAAGUGAAACAAAACAGCUGAAGGGAUUGUCCUGGCUGAUGGGAGCAAGUCAAGACAGCUUCUUCCUGGAAGCUGACAAACCAUUUCACCCAUCCUCUUAGCUUCUGAGAUUUCACCAAGCAUUGCUCAAGCACUUCCCAUCUGGUCUUUGCUGUCAUAAGGACUCAAUGCUUGAACUUUUUAAAAAAGAGAAUGUAACAAGAAGUUUGUUCUUCAUCUAGCACCAUAAUCUACAAUUGCCAUACCUUGAACAUUAUCAUGGACAUAAACCUACUUCUGAAAGUACAUAUCCACUUCUAGUCGUAAAUAGCUCCAAUUUUUUAUCACCAGUUAUUCUAGUGCGUAAUGAUCAGGAAUUUAUGUGCCUCAAAUUCAAGUCCAAAGAUUAGAAAUCUAUCUAGAUUGGCCUUUGGGUACCAAGCAUAAUGCCAACAAUACCAAUUACAACUUAUUGUUAUAUAGAAGAGAAUUACCACAGAAGCACUGACACUAAUGGUUCUGUAACAAACAAAUUGUAUUUUAUGUGUGAAGAUUUAUUGAAUAAAAUUUAUGGGUCCCAUACUACUUCAGACCCAGUGCUCCUAAGAGGGACAGCCAAUUCUGCAACACAGAGGCAUUAGCAUAAGUUGUGUUUAUGUAGGUAUGUUGAUACCCAGGCAUUCUGCUGAGUGUAACCAGUACUAAUACAUUAGGUUGUGGUUGAAUACAUCUGUAUUUGUGUGUUAUUGAGCUGUGAAUUGCAUCGAUUGCUCAGGUUAUCUGAUGUGCAGAAGACAUUUCUUCAUUUGUGGUUCUGCCAGCUUCUCUCUACCCCCACCCCACAGUGACCCAAAUGUAUAACUAUCCUCAGAAGCUGAAAGUAAAGCAAAAAGAGCAAGAAUUCCUUUCACUACAGUUGUAGCCCAUAAAAUGGGCUCUACUGACCAGGUUUCAUAUAGUGGUGGGACAAAAUGAUGAUUUGGGGGGCUGCACUUGCUUAAAUUUUGUUGAGCUAGAUGCUGUCACCUGUUUUGAAGUUUCUGCCUGAAAUUUGUUCCCUUGGUCUUGGCGUUUGUGACUCCUUCCCCUCUUUUUGUGGAGUGGAACUGGGCCCAGCAAUUUGUAAAUUCAUGGGAAAAUAAUAUUUGCUUGCUAAUUAUAACUUGUCUAGGCAUUGCUGUAAAUGGUCCCAGAGUACAACAGUGCCAGAGAUCCAUAUGGCAUUUGAAGGAUCAGUGCCUCCCAAAUUUGUUCUGGCAGAAAGGUUCCUAUAAAGCCUGGCAGUUAAAUGACUCUGCUCAUUUGCAUGGAAAGACUAAUAGCAAAACAAACUCUGCACGUGAUUAACCACAUCUUCCCCCCACUCAAAGAGCCCAAGCCCUUUGAGCCUUUUAUAAACAUUCGAACAAUGUGUUCUAACACCAUUACCAAGUCUCUUGCUGGGAAUUUUUUGUGUCAUUCCGGUGACAUAAGUAUGACUCGCUUCUUGGAACUGAUCUGCUAUUUGUCCAUGUGGCGCUCCCACCUCUGAACUAAGCCAGUCUAACCUGGUCUGGCAAGGAAAUUCCCCACCCCCCACUGCUGUGUCAGUCAUGGCCGUGCAGCACGGAAUGCUGUGUGCUUGAUUCUCUUCGAAGAGGCAGCCAAUCAGCGCCUGCCUUAUAAAUCAUGUUGCUCUGAGCCACUGAUGCAGUUUGCUGUCCCUGUGCUUCGUGCAGGAGGCUGUGUUUGCAGCAGAUCGCUCUAUGCUCGAUCCAGGGCCCGUUUCCUGUUUCUAUUCUAGUCAUUGGUGGCUCAGCACGGCUUCCUGCCUGUAUACGUUACAGAUUCCCCUGAUGGAAGCUUUUUGUUUUUUAAGGAACAAUUUCGGUUAGAAAAUUAACUGAAAUAUGAAGCCAGCUGCGACUUGGAAAGGAGCAGAUUUAGACAACAGGCGCGUGCGCUUUAAACAGUGCUGCCAUUUCUUUCUUGUUCUGCUUUGAGCCUAGCUUCUGUAAGCAGGACAGGCUGGUUUUUAAUCAGAAAAUUGCUAGAGGAUACCCAGUUCUGAUCUUGGAUUCCCAAGAGUGGUGGUUUCUUAAUCUUGUAUAACCACUGAAUUGGAAGAACCGCAAUUGCAAUUGCAAUUGCUUCAAAUGAAUAAACUAAAUCAAUGUAUUUUAACUAUGGAGAGAGAGAGAGAGAAACCAAAAACAGUGAAGGUGAGAGGAAGAGUGAUGUGUAAAAUAUAGCAUGGAUAAGAAUUACAUUGUUUUAAAGUCAUCUCUGAAUAUUCUAAUUUGGAGUUAUAUUUAAUAAACCUCAGACGUGAGCUCUCAUUAAAAAAUAGCUAGGUUUUAUCUGAAUUAAGCAAACCCUGCACUUAAACUGAAUCAGUGAUCUUCUAUUGCAUGACCCACCAUAUCACCCACCAAAAACACAGUUCAGGACCUAGAAACUGUUAACUGCCUACCAGAACUAAGAUCUAUUUGUCUCAAGAAACACAGUUCUGUUUUUGACCAGGAUAAUUCACUGAGCCCACCCACAUGACUUCACACUUUGUCCUCUAAAUACCUAAGCACUGUAAUUUUGCUUAGACCUAUAAUAUUUAUCCCACCUGAUUUGAAACACUGAUUGUUCAGCAACUACCACUACUUAAUUCCUGGAAUGUUUGGCUGUACCAUGGGUUCACUUGAGAGAGCACCCUGUGUAAUUGCAUUGACAACAUCCAGGGCCACCUCUGGGCUUGUAUCCAAACAGGAUUUGUAUGGUUGUGGGGCAUGUUGGUUCAUUAUUGUUGAUGAUAUGAUGCUGUCCAACCCUGUACUCCAGCAGGAGCUGUAUUCAUUACCAAUGUGCUUGAUUCAGGCCUGUUGGCCCCAUACCUUCAAGUAAACGGUCUUACUCAGGUUUCUUGAUGGUUGUUUUGAAAUAAAAUUACAGUUUAUGGUACAGUGGUACCUCGGGUUACAUAUGCUUCAGGUUACAUACGCUUCAGGUUACAGACUCUGCUAACCCAGAAAUAGUACCUCAGGUUAAUAACGUUGCUUCAGGAUGAGAACAGAAAUUGUGCUCCGGCAGCGCGGCAGCAGCAGGAGGCCCCAUUAGCUAAAGUGGUGCUUCAGGUUAAGAACAGUUUCAGAUUAAGAACGGACCUCUGGAACAAAUUAAGUACUUAACCCGAGGUACCACUGUAUAUGCAUACAUUUCACUUCUAGUUAAUGACCUCUGAUAAUAAGGGCUAGUCGGUAGAAGGGUUUGCAUAUUUUCAGAUGGGAUAGUAUAGAGGGAAAGAACAUUAGUACACAGUAGUUCAGCCACCAUAAAGAACACUCCCUGUAUUAACAAAACUGUUAAGCAGGUAUACAUGUGCAGCCACAAAUGGGGAAGGGAGAGGGUGGAGACUCAUACUCUUACAGAAAAAUAUUGAGGUGUGGGGAGGGUGGAAUGAUUGCUCCCAAACCUCUCCUGAACUUCAAAUAUGGGUCAGACUGCCAGCUGGUAGUUUCAUAUUGCUAUAUUUGUGAAGAUUUGUAGGGUGGGUGAUGGAUGAGUAAUUUUCCUUAGGAGAACAUAUACAAGUCUUUACCAACCACAACUAACACCCGAUCAUUUAAGCCAUUAUUAUUAUUUAUUAAAUUUGUAUACCACCUUUCAUCCAAGAGCACAGGGCGGUUCACACCUGAAAAAUACAAAAAAAAAACCAACACAAAAACUAUCUAUCCACACACACACACACCCACCCACCACAAAAACAAACCAAUAACCCACAUUUAGAAAACAUUUUAAAAGCAAUAGAAUGUUAAUCAGCUGGAUGCCAGGUUGAAGAGAAAUGUUUUUGCCUGGCACCUAAAGAUAGAUAAUGAAAGCGACUGGCGAGUCCACAAAUGGGGAGCCAUUGCAGAAAAGGGCCUUUCUUGUGUUGCCACCCUCAUAGAGGAGGCACACAAGGACCUGAGACAGUGAUUGCAGGGUUUGGGUUGGUUUAUAUGAGGUAUUGCGGUCUUGAACUGUGAGAGGGAGCACUUCCUCUGAAUCUAAUUUUCCCCCUCCUUAUUUUCACAAGUCCCUGCAUUUAAAAUAAAAGUUGUUUUAUAUAUAGUAAAAAUCAAAUAAGGGAUGUUGUAUUUAAAAUAAGUGCAACACCAGCUGUUCCCGUAAUUAUAACUUGCAUUUAUAAAGUUCUGUUGUUUUCUAGGUAAGUUCUGUAUUUAUAAAGUUCUGUUGUUUUCUAGGACACGGGUGGCACUGUGGUCUAAACCACUGAGCCUCUUGGGCUUGCUGAUCGGAAGGUCGGCGUUUCGAAUCCCCGCGACGGGGUGAGCUCCCGUUGCUCUGUCCCAGCUCCUGUCAACCUAGCAGUUCAAAAGCACGCCAGUGCAAGUAGAUAAAUAGGUACUGCUGUGGCAGGAAGGUAAACGGUGUUUCCAUGUGCUCUGGUUUCUGUCACAGUGUUCCGUUGCGCCAGAAGCAGUUUAGUCAUGCUGGCCACAUGACCCGGAAACCUGUCUACGGACAAACACCGGCUCCCUCGGCCUGAAAGCGAGAUGAGCGCCGCAACCCUGUAGUCGCCUUUGGCUGGACUUAACUGUCCAGGGAUCCCUUACUUUAGUCAUUAAAACCUCCCCCCUCCCUCCCAAAAAAAUGGUAAACAGCAGUGUUUAACAAAAGAUCAGCAAACUCUGAACUUCAACAAAUACCUUUGGCAAAAGGAGAAGCUUACCUGACAGCGGAAACAAAGAGGAGACCAGUCGGUUGCAUAUGAAAAACAGUUUGAAGAACAGGGUGGUUUAGACUUCAGACUUUCAGGAUCUGUCUUGUUUUUUUGAACUAGAACCACAAGUUCCACCACUUCUAAAAAGUCUGUUUGCAUAUGAAAGAAGCCCCUGGUGGCUGACCUUGGAGUGGGUUUUCUCCUUUGUCUUAUUUCCUCAUUAAGGUAAUUAGGACCAAAGCCAUUAAGGGCUUUAAAGGUUAGGGUCAUCAUCUUGAACAGAGCCCCAAAUUAAUAGGCAAGCAGUGCUGCUGUGCUGCAUCCGAAGUCAUAUGGUCAGUCCCAGAUGAAGUUUCCAAACCAUUUCCAAGCACUGCCCAGCGUAGACUGUCGCUGUAUUCCAAACACAGGGUUGUAUGCAACAAAGCCAUUAUGCAAGUGGAACAAAUUCUACUCCCAACCUCCACUCCCCCAAAAAAAACCUCAUGAGAAAACUUAAUUGGAUUGUAUGCCAGUGAAAACUAGAUCCUGAUCAAAGAGAAGAGGUUUCAGUGAGUUUGGCAGUAAAUGCUGUGAAUUUGACCAAUGAAGCAGGAAGGUGAUCUCCUCAAAGGGACUGUUACCCAGGUAGCAACAGGCAAUACCUUGAAACUCUCCUUCUUGGGUAACCAUCAUCAGUUUGUCCUUCAGUAUGUUCGUUAGCCCCCUUCUAACUUGUAAUGGUGCCCAGGCACUUGCUCACCUAAAUCUUUCCAUAAAUAAAAAGUAGUAUUAGGUGUCAUCAGAAUACUGUGACUUUACUCCAAAACAACAGUUAAUCUUCCAAAGUGGCUUUGCAUAUAUGAUGUUAAAACAUUGGGGACAGAAUGGAACAGUGUUAUACACCAUAAGAUAAAUUUCAUGCGAUAGAGCACUGGUCUCUCAAUGCCAUUCCCUGAGAGAGAAGUGCAACCACAAAAGAACCGUGUCCUCAAUUAUUAUAGUAGACAUGAAGAUCCUGUAGUCCUCCAUAUGUUGUUUGUACCUCAACUCGCAUUAGCCCCAGCAAUUGGAAUAAUGAGAGCUGUAGUCCAACAACACAUGGAGGGCCACAGGUUCCCUAUUCCUGCCCUAGAGUUCUGGCCUCACCCAGAAGAAAUUGAUUAACAGUGGUAUCAAGUGCAACUGAAGCUUUGCACCAACAGGGUCAUAUUGGGAGAGCCUACAGAAUUAGUUAACUUUGCUGAACAUUGUGGAAUCCAAAGUUAAAUCUCUAAAGCAGACUACCUUGAUGAAUCUUCUAGCUGUGUGGAUUUUCUCACACCUCUGAAAUCCAUACCCUGACAAGAUAAAGAACUCAGUUAUGUCACAUUCCUGGAAUGCUUCACUAACUCCAGCACACUCAAGCAUCAAUUGUCAUGCAGCAAUAUCAUGACUUUAUAGCAGCUGUCCACAACCUGGUGCCAUACAGAUGUUUCGCACCAAUAUUCUUAUUUGCUCCAGCCAGUGUCAAUGUCCAUGAUCAGGGAAGGUGGGAAUUAAAGUCUCAAAUCAUGCUUUGUGGUAUGACUGGCAAUAUUUAAUCCAACCCCUUGCUUUUCCCCUGACAACGCCCAGUACAAGCUACAAAGAUGGGUCACAGUAGCACAGUGGACAAGAGAACUGGGAAGGACUUCAUUUCCCAUCUCUUCUCCAACAUUUAUUCACAGUAUAUUUGAUUUAUCCUUACUCUUAUUAAUGUGCUGUUCACUCGUAAGGUGACAACAUUAAAGCACAAUAUUAUUAACAGUUUGAAACAGCAGGCAAUCAAGUGGGUCCUAAAAAGAUACACUUCAAGUAUAAAAAACCAAAGUAAAGAGGGGUGUCCAGCAUUUGCCGGAAACUCCUUUUAUAAAGGCCAGACCCACCUCCGUGGAGAGGGAGUUUUACAACUUAGGGGCUGCCACAGAGGAGGCAGUCUUUCAGGCACUUGGGGUCAUUUAGGGCUUUAAGCAUGUGAGCACCUUGACGGGCUCAUAACUGGCCACCAAUAAAGUAUGCUGUAAACUGCAUUAAGAAGAGUUUGGUGGGAAUUUUUCUGAGGCUUGGGUUUUACCUUCCAUAGCAUUGGGCUGAAAAUGGUUUUUCACCUUUGUGUUGGAGCCUCAUUGUUGUCCUCCAUGUCAUUGGUCUGUGGAUAGUCUGGGCUCCUCUGUCCUCCUAAAUUCUCUUGAGAAAGGAGGUUUGUUUUGUGGUUUGUUCCAAUACUAAAAUGACAUUGGUUUUUUUCUGCAAUUUAAACUACGUUGAAUGGUAGGAUGUGGCUUUCAGUUUGAGAGGUGCCUUAUCCAAGACCAAUGCUUUUCCCCUUUAAAUGUUUUGGACUGCAUCUCCCAUCAUCCCUGCCCAUUUGGCAGGCUGGCAUCCCUGACCAUGGGACACCUGGAGGGCACCAGGUUAGGGAACACUGGUAGAGUCUGUCUGUGAAGUGAGUGAGACCCUGAUGUGCAUACUGCUGUGAGUAUGAGCAUGGUUGCGCUCUUUCCCCCGCUCCAUCACCUCGCAAAAGAAAUCCCUUCUCUGCUGGCUAUUAUGAUUGAUCCCAGAAGUUGUGCAUGGAUUAGGGAUAGUGAGGUUGCUGUAGGCCUGAAGGAAAGAGCAAGCAACUGGAUCCCUAGUCAUCUUCCAGCCAAAAGUGGGAUAAUCAAGAAGUUCAAUUCUGUUGCCUGUGACCUCAAAUCCAGAUAGUGGGUUUUUAUUCCACAAAUAUCAAUGUGAAGCUUUUUGUAUUAUCAACACUGUUUUAUGAAUGGUCAUUAUUUUUAGUUUUAAGCAUUAACACAAUUUUCAACAGUCCGUUUAAUUUCCUUUUGACUUAAUUGUGCUAACAUCCCCCCACAUGUAAACUUGCCAACAUUUUGUGCAUCUGAUGUAGUGGACUGUAUGUAAUCCAUGAAAGUUUAUACCACAUUAGUCUUCAGGGUGCCAUAAGGCUUGUUGUCAGACAACAGUAGUUCAAGCAGCCUGUCCAGACUGAGCUAGCCUCUACUUCCUUUGUGGUGAGUUGCAGUAGCUCCAACCUUUUGAGAGGAAGAGCAGUUGCCACCGCAGGAGGUAGCAAACAGUGACUUUGAGUUGGGGAAAACCAGGGUCACUCUUGGCAGGCUUUCUUAGAAUGUCACAAGAAACCAGCUUAGUUGGUGCUGGUGCCAGCCCCACAUUCUUAACCAGCCCUGGCAAAACAGAGCCAGGAAGCUGAGAAUUUCCAACACUGCUGCUUGUUGCCUUGCCCAGUAUUUUGCAAGCAGCUUUUUUAAAUGCAGGGCUCCUUGAAGGGGUAAGCAGAAACAAGCUUUUGGGGGGUGGCUGCUUGAGGAAGAGAUCCAUAUCCAGCAUUCCCCCAGGAGAAGGAGGAGGAGGAGAAUAAUACUGGCUCUCCUGCAUGGUGGGUUUUUCCUCCAGCGACAUCUUGUUGAGUGCAUGAAUCAUGGUGCUUUUUUCCUCUUUACUUUGAGCCUUCAACCACAAGCUUAGUGUUCCCCUUUAAAAAGGAAGGGAAAGGACAUGAGACUGAUCAGCCUCUACUUACUGCUGGUGCUUUGAGGAUAUAUUUUAAUAGGUAUUUCUUUUUUAAAAAAAGAACUGGGGAGGGAGGAAAGGGAGAGGAGAGGUGGAAUGGUGUUGAGCAGAAGCAGUGGAUGUGAUUAACGCGCCUACUGAGCAGAUCUGUGGGAGUGGAGUAUCGACCUCUGAAAAAUCAAUGGCUGCUGCAGUAGCAGUGCUGUCUCUCCCUCUCCCCCCUCUUUCUUUUUCAAGGUCUUCAGUUGAAGGAGUGUGGUAAAACCAGCAGCUCUUCUCCCUUCCCUUUUCUGUCCCUAGUUUCACCAAAACCGCUGAAGAGCCUGUUCUUUCUCUCCCCCCCCUACAAUAACUUGCUUAGAUGGGUUAAUUUUUGUAAUUGGAGUGAAAUUUCUCGACACAUAUACACACCAGACUCCUCCUCCACAGAGCCUCCUUUCCAAGCCCUUCUUCCCUGCACUGCAGAUGCAGCAAGCAGCUCUUAACAGUUUUGUCUUAAACCCUGAGUAGAAGGAGAUUUUGCUUCAUUUUUCAGCCUAAAAACAGUCUAUGUUCUGGUUUCCAUCCUGAAUCAUAUAUCCUGCUGUAGAGCAGCAGUAAACUCCUAUUGGGAGGAGAAAUGAAGUUCCCUCUAUCAAAGAAGAAAAACUGAAUUCAAAUGCCCCUUAUCAUUUGUGUCCUUUUUUAAAAGAAAGAAGGAAGGAAAGAAGGCAGGCAGGCAAUUUAAUGCAUAUAUAAAGUAGAUAGAGAUGCUGCCACAAUGGGCAAGGAGUUCUCAGUGCAUUAUUACUUUGCAUUCAGAACCUAAGGAUCCUUUUUUUAACCUUCCAAAGGAAACUGUAUAUAUUUUAAGGAGGAGCUCAAAAAUGUGACCAACUUCAUACUUGCUUGCACAUGGUUUGUGGCUUAACUCUUAUUGGAAUACAUUGGGAAAUUGCACAUGUGAUAUAGUCUGUAUAUACGUGUCUACACACUCACAAGUGUUGGUGUACAAAAUAUGAAAAGCUUUUGUGAAGAGAUGAAAAAGAUGUAAUUGCCUUUGCAAAUGGGAGUUGUAUGAUGUACAGGGGUCCCCAAACACAGUUGAAAAUCUAAGAAAUUAUUGGGGGCAGCACAAAAUACCCAACACAAAGAUGGAAGACUGAGGAUGCUCAAUCCCAAAACAGCCAAAGCUCCUAUACAUACCACAAAACAAAUAGAACACAGACAAAAAAGCAAGUAACAUCCUCCAAGAAGCAUAGAACACCCCAACAACAAAAAGGGACCUCCCUGAUAACCCUUGUUCUUUUUUAAAGGACACAUAAUGUUGGGGCCACCAGGUAUAGAUUAAAGUAGAUAGAUUGCUGACUAUAGAAGAAAACAAAUAGUACAAGACAAACACUAAUUUGAAGCUACAUAAUUUUGUAUAUUGCUUUCAUGAAUAUUUGUUUUACCCAAGCCUUUCUCCUAUUUGUAACUGCCUUUCGUCAAAUAUACCAUCAUGAUAUGCUUUUAAGCAAUGGGCACUCCAGCAAGCUCUCUUAGCACAUUACUGUAUAGUGGACCAAGACCACUGCUGGAGCAAAACACUGCCCCCUGCCACAAUCGACCCCAAGGUCGGAGACUGAUGGUGUGGGAUAAGGCCAGGUCUUUAAAUACUGACAUUAAAAUGUUGAAUUUGACCUGAUAGUAUACAGGUAACUAGUGCAUGCAGAAGCACCCAUCAGGCAGCAGCAUUUCUGCACUAGCUGUGAUCUCCAGACUUCACUCAGGGACAGUGUUGCAGACAUCCAAACAUGAGGCUACAGGGACUUGUGGCAAAGUUGUCCUGAUCCACGAAUGACCACAGCUGGCACACUAACCAUAGUUUGUGUCUCAAGUGUCGGUGCUGGUUCCAUCUCUGUUGAAAAUAGGCCAUACACCCAGUUCUUGUAUAUAAGGAAGACCUAGCAAGAGCACCUCCAUUUUGUCAGGAUUCAGCUUCAGUUUAUUAACCCUCCAGCCCAUCAUUGUAUCUAGGAAACAGUUCAGCACUAAUACAACUUCAUCUGGUUCAGAUGGAAUAAAAAAGCAGAGCUUAGGUGUCAUCCACGUAUUGAUGACACCAAGCACCAGAUCCCCAGAUGACCAUCCCCAUAGGCUUCUUAUAUCUAUUGGGGGUGGAUUAGAACCCUAUGGGACCUCACAAUUCAGUUACCAAAGUGUUAGGCAUGAGUCACCGCAUGCUCUUUUAUGGAAAUGGUCUUGCAGAUAGGAGAGGAACACAAUGCCCCCAACUCCCAGUCCACAGAUCUGAUCCAGAUGGUUGAUGGUAUCAAAAGCUACUGAGAGAUCAAGGAGAAUUGGCGUGCGCGCACACACACACACACACACACCAUAUCAUUUGCAAUACAGUGGUACAGUGGUCACAAGAGACAAGGGCCCUGCAGGACUUGACAUCUUUCCGCAGGGCCUGCAAGACAGAGCUGCUCCACCAGGCCUUUGGUCAGGGCGCAGCCUGACUCCCUCCUUUGGCAAUCUUUACAAAACUUUAGUUUAUGGUUGCCAUCAAUUUUGAUUUUAAUUAAUUUUUAUAAUGUUGCACUAUUUUAGUGUUGUUAGCCGCCCUGAGCCCGGCUUCGGCUGGGGAGGGCGGGAUAUAAAUAAAAAUUAUUAUUAUUAUUAUUACCUUGGCUUAAUAACAGUCCUGUUUCUGAAUGAUUCGGUUUACGAACUCCGCAAAACCGGAAGUAGUGUCCCGGUUUGCGAACUUUACCUCGGUCUAAGAACGGAAUUCGAACAGUGGAAGGGCACUAGCGGCAGGAGGCCUCAUUAGGGAAAGUGCGCCUCAGUUUAAGAACAGUUUCAGUUUAAAAACGGACUUCCAGAAUGGAUUAAGUUCGUAAACCGAGGUACCACUUGUACAAGUAAUCAACCCAAGCUGUCUCAGUUUUUACUUGUGUUUGAUCAUUCUUGCUAUGAGCAAAUUUGGUGGAUACAAGACUAAACUUCUCAGUAUAAAGGUAAAGGUAAAGGUAAAGGUACCCCUGCCCGUACGGGCCAGUCUUGCCAGACUAGGGUUGUGCGCUCAUCUCACUCUAUAGGCCGGGAGCCAGCACUGUCCGCAGACACUUCCGGGUCACGUGGCCAGCGUGACAAGCUGCAUCUGGCGCGCCAGCGCAGCACACGGAACGCCGUUUACCUUCACGCUGGUAAGCGGUCCCUAUUUAUCUACUUGCACCCGGAGGUGCUUUCGAACUGCUAGGUUGGCAGGCGCUGGGACUGAACGACGGGAGCGCACGCCGCCGCGGGGAUUCGAACCACCAACCAUGCGAUUGGCAAGUCCUAGGCGCUGAGGUUUUACCCACAGCGCCACCCGCGUCCCAAACUUCUCAGUAUAGGUUUAUCCUAAUUUGGAAAUUAUUCAUUUGAAACUAGAGAAUAAUUUUCCUGCAUGAGCUUGAAAAUCAUGACUUAAAAUAACUUUGGAUAUGUUUAUAUUUUUGUGUUCUGCCUCAUUUCUCAUCUGUUUCUGCUGUUGCAGGUAUCUUUAUAAUUAUGAACACUAGCUCUUUCAAAUGAAGUUAGAAAUCGGCCAAAACCAUAAUACAGAUUGUACAAUCAAUUGCUGGUGGGCACCAUUGCUAGUACUCAUUUUCAAACGCCACUCCUAGGUGCAAAGUUUUGCCUUUUUUAUUAAAGCUAUGGAAAGUGUUUAGCUUUUAAACUUGCUAUUAUUUUUAUUAAUUUCAGUUUGAAAAUACAUCUUGGAUUUCCUCCUUCGAACUAAUAUGCAAAAAAGCAUCCCCAUAUCAGUCAGCAUCAUUUCAUUUGUAAUACGUAAUAAUGUUUUAGGUUGUACCAAGUUCCACCGCUACAAUAAAAAAUUAAGUUCCCCAGCAGUUAAUUUGCAAAUAGAAAUGCUGAUUCUGAUUUUUAAACCAUAACAUUUCUGAUCUGAACUCCACUUGAAGAGUGUUUUACAAGGUAUCUAUCUGAGUGGCCCUCUCAUGCUUGUACACCUGCACUCUAGGAGAACACAUAAAAUUUGAAAACAUUGGAUGAGCCUCUGGUUGCUGUGAAUAGGAGUGCUUUUCUGUAUGAUAGCCUCUUGUAGAUGAGAAAAGUUGACUUGAUCUACUCUAGGGAUAGCCAGUGUUGUGACUUCAAUAUGUUUUAGAGCUACAGUACCCAUCAUUCCUAACCAGUAGAGCUGGUUGGAGUUAUUAUAGUUCAGCAAUGUAUGGAGGACACUACAGUAUAUGUUAGUCACCCAUGAUCAUCUUCAUAGCAAGUUUAUGCUUAUGCAAUAGAGCUAGAAUCAUUAGAGAAAGUGUGUGACCAAGUUUUGAUACAAAACAUUUCCAAACAUUUUCAUACAGUCAAAGGUUUGCAUGUUAUGGCUGGCCUUGGUAGUCAAGCCAGAAAUUGGGAUCAUCCUCCCCCUUUCCUGCCAGCUUGGCAAAUGCUUGGCAGUGGUGCUCCAUUCACUUCCAAGCAGCUGUCAAUAGAACCCUCCCACUACCCUUUCCGUCAGGAAAGAGCCAUGGAGUGUGCUGUCUUAUCUGCUGUUCAGUGAACAAUUUCAGAGUGCCUCUGCCAAACAGCAGCCAAGGAGGCUCCCUGCCACUUCUCUUAUGCUUCAGAGUAGGAAUGAGAGAGAUAUGCUUGCCAUAUUGGCUCUGUGUGCCCAAGGUAUUUGACACAGUUGCCAACCAACCCCCAGCCUGUCCUCCUGUGUUUGGAUCUGAGGGGAAAUCACUGCACAACUGCCUGGGUGAUCUCAGUCCACCUUUGCAGCAUCAAGGUUUGGAGGAAAUCUCAUCAUUCAUCACUCAUUGUGCUCUCCAAAGGGUGAUGGCUAGCUUGCUGUGGAGAUGGAAAAUGUAGAAACCUGCUUAAAAACACCUGCCUUGCAUGAACCAUAUAACUUAAAAGGUGAGGGAACAGUUUUGAAUAGGUGCAAAUGUCAGGGUCGUAUGUCAUUAAUUCUGCACCACUGAGCACCUAUUCUAUACCAUCCUAUACCGUUUGGGAACACUUGUAGCUAAUUUUUUUCUGACUUGUGAAUACUUUGUAGGUCCUGUUUGGUGGUUUCAUUAUAUAAUUUUACCUCGGUUUUCUUUCUAUCAGAUUUCUUCAGCCUUCUCUUUCCCUCUUCCAAAUCCAAACCUUCAUUUCAGGUUCCUUUCUCCUAUAUUCCUAGGCCUGUGGUUCCCCCCUCCUUUUGUGAAAGUCUUUGUGUUCCUCUUUUAUAAUUAUCAGUAGCUUAGCCAAUGGUAGAUGGGGACCCUUGUCCCUUUUCCACCUGUGUGACAAUAGAGCAAAUUAGCCAGUCAUUACCAAAGGCUUUACCACCAUGUUGCAAAACCUCAUAAGAAAGACUUUUUGGAGCAUGCAGUUAAAAGUACAGUGACAUCCAUGCCAUAAUAGGAGGAACUGUGAGCACUAAUCCAUUCUUACAAGGAUGAAAUGUUUUGUGGUCAUUAAACCCAAAUUCUGUACAACCUUAUUACUCCAUGGAAUCCUGUUGUAUUUGUAAAGUUAAAUUGAACCCUACUCUCUCCCAUAGGUAAUGUCUACAGACCUGAGAUGCUAGUAGGUUGCAGCUGCAAGCAGGCAUAUUUAGAUGCUCACUCCCAAAUAGCAAUCAACAAAUAUGUUGUUUGUGCAAAAUAAAGAAGUUGGGAAAAUGAACAUAUUUCCCAGUAUUUUGUAUUUAACAUUUUAAACUGGACUUUAAAAAAAUAUGAAUUUGAUACUGUUGCAAUGGACCCUAUUAGUUGUGGCACAGCAUGCACACAUUCAUCCCUUAUUGAGAGUGCUGGGAACCUUGAGAGUCUUUUUGUAAUGCCCAGAGAUGGGAAAAUAGUACUGGAAUAUGUGCUGUUAGAGUAGUAACUCUACUGUUAAAGCAGCUUGGGGCCAAAAAUCAGCCCAGAUACUAAGAAUAUUAUUAGUCUAAUAUUCUUAACAAAAUCUGACACCUUUUAAUUCAGAAUAAUAAGUACUGCAGGUAUAUUCUGAGUCAAAACUAUCUAGCUCUUUUGUGUUUGGCUGUACUGGGAAUUCCAUUUUCAUCUUUGAGGCAGCCUUACUUACCCCUCCCUUUUGAGGGCUGUUUGAUUUCAGCCAUAGUUUUGUUUUGGUAUGAAAAGGUGGUGUUAGCGGCUGAUUCCCUAUUCACCAGCAGCACGAACAAACGCCUGCUGGCAUAAGGUUGAAUUGGGCAACCAAUCGCAGCUGGAACAGUUAUAGUUUCGGAGUCCCUGUGGGCUUCCGCUAUCAGGUCACAUCCCAAAAUAACACUGGGCAGUAUUUCAAGUGAAGAAACAGAGGCUUUGGGGUUGCAGCCAGCCUGGAGUGUGAGAUUCUGUGUGAAAUACUUGGAAUCCCUCCAACAUUUUUGAUCUGCAUGGCAGAUGAGCAAUAAAAUGCAUAAAAAACACAUUGGAAACACGUGAGGAAAUUCUCCAGACCAAGACAUUUCCUUCAUGCUGGCAGAGUUACUGCUGUUGAUUUGCACCUCCUGUUUUCCCUUGCUUUAUUGGCUGUAUUGAGAAAAGGAGGGAAGAGUGCUUUGUUUAGCAUUGUUCAGAGUUGCUCUGUAAAAGGACCUUUAAGCUGCUCCACCAGUUUACUUCCCUGGAAACAUAUAUUUGAAUUUAAAUCUUUUACUACUUCUGAUGACCUGCAAUACAUUGUCCCUCCCCUCCUUUUCUUUUCUUUUCUUUCUGAACUUUUAUGGCAAUUAUCAUUUACAGGUUCCAUAAGUUUUUAUGACACUCUUGUGGCCCCAAUUGAAAAGUCAUUCUAGAUGUUAAUAAUCUAAAAGUGACCACAAACUUCAUAAAAUGGAAAUGAUUUAAUCAGCAGACACAUACACAAACGGUGUUCAUUCCCCGCAAUUUUAAAAGAAAAACCUUAGGAAGCAACAUUUGUAUAUAUUCUUAUUUCCAUAGUUUGUAACAUCACUGCUCUCCCAAGAUUUCAAUAGAAAGCCCGACUGGAGGAGGCAUUGGUGAUGCCAAGUGUCAAUGAAAGUUCAUCUUUGUCCAUAGAUUAAUUUCCCUUAGGGCUGAUUUCACAUGUUACCCAUGUGGCAUGAUCACCACAUCUACCCAGAUAACUGCUUGUGUGAAAUGAUGCUCACAUGGUUUGCGCUUAUGGCUGUAACUCCACCAGAGAAGUCCCUUCCUAUAAAACAGAAUGGUUUCCCUUAAAUUGUCUCAGUCAACCUGAAUGUUAAGGUGCUGAUGUAUACAAGUAGUUCAUCACUCAUGUGUUUGGAAGUGCAGGGCAAUAUGUGAAUAGGCUUUCUGUUUAAGAUGAAUGAAAAUGUCCUUGGCUCCCUUUAUGUUUUGCUAUUCAGACCUUUCUUAAAUGAAUGCAAUCCAAAUGGGAUUUCCUGGUAUUGUCACCCCUGUCUUUUUAUUGUUCUUGUCAGACCAGGAAUUGGUGGUUGAGGAGAAGGAAGCUUUGCAAAUCUCCCUUGCAGAUCAUAUUUCAGAUGUUUUGUGGGGAGAGGAGGGCCUCUUCGUAAAUGUUCCAGAACAAAUAUUUUAUUGUAUCAGAACUUGUUAUACUUUUUAUCUAGUGCAUCUCAAAAUAUUUCUGGGAAUCAGAGUGUCAACUCCAGAUGUAACCAAAAAAGAGCCAUCCAUAGAUCUUAAAAGGUUGGAAGGGAUUAUUACUGCUUAUACAGGGUGAGUCCUUCAAAAGAGGCCCUGUGGAUACAGAGAACACAUGUUCCACGGGGCCUCUUUUAAAAGACUCACCCUAUAUAUUCUGAUCUGUGCAAUACAGUUCACCAUAGCAUGACUGAAGCAGCCCUUGAGCACUUGGCCCUAAGAAUCACAUAGCUUAAGCUUUGGGAUAUUUUUCACUGUAUAGCAGUAUGGGGCCCUCCAGAUGUUGUGGAUUACAGUUAUCAUCAUUACUUACUGUUUGCCAUGUUGACUGGGAGUGAUAGGUGUCCAGCAACAUUUGGGAAAGCAGUACUGUGUCAUAUCUCAAAAUCAGUGUUAGAAGCUUUGAUAUACUGUAUAAACUAAUCUCCAAAUGGCACCUUAAACCUAGGUUACAGUCGCCACAAUGGAAUAUCUAGGCGCCGGGGGCUUUUUUGUUUGUGUGUUUUGCAACUGAAAUCAUCAUCAACAUCAUUUCUAUACCGCUUUAUAUUUUGCAGAACAAAUAUCAAAGCAGUUUACAACACAUUAAAACAUCAACUAAAACCAUCCAGAACAAAAUAAAUUCAAGCUUCAAGGAAAAUAUUUCAAAUCCUUCUCUAAGUGACAUUUUCCUUUCCCCAGUCUCUAACCUGGCAUCCUGAGAUCUCCACAUGGUGGUCACAGUUGGAUCCACGUCAGUCAUAAAACAUUCCUGGCUAAUUUCGAACACUGCUCAAAAUGAUCCAGUAAAACAAUUUCCCUACUUGGAUGAGCUGAAUUUUUAUUUUAAAAAAUCUCCCCAUAACCCCCAAAAGUAAAAUUUCAGGCAGACAUAAAUUUCAUGUCUCCAAAUAUCUACUAGUAACUAUUUAAUAACUUCUAUGGUCUUGUAAGUGUGUAAAAUAAAAAACCAUUAAUCAAUUUUUCCACAUAGGUCUUUCAUACACAGUUAGGCCUUUGUGGUCAUCACUAUAUGAGCAUGUAAAUGAGUAGAACCUCCUUCAAAAAAGAAAUCAGUAUUAAAUGUUGCAAGUGGAGUUUAAAGUAACAUACAGUGUGUGUGUGUUCAGGUCUCAAAGAUUUUAAAUUGUAUUGGUGAGUUUCUGUUUAUUCUUCCUAGGUCAAAAGUGUAUAUUCUGAGUUUAUAGCUAAUGUGUUAAGUUUGUGUAUGAAACCCUGCCUUGGUUUUGUGGCACUGUUGUUUUAACAAUUCCUGCAAACGUGUGUGAGAGUGAAGUGAUGAUUGUUAUCAUCAUCAUAAUCAAAUUUAUUAUCUGUCCUAAUCCAGAAGGUCCCAGAGCCCACUCUCCUGACCUGAUAAGAUCUGUAGGGAAGGAGGCAGUCUCACACAUAUUUAGGGUCUAGGUUGUUUAAGGCCUUACGCAUUAGCAUGAGCACAUUGAAUUGGGCACAGAAAUGAACUGGUGACCAAUGUCACUGUUUUAGAACAGGGAUGAAGAAGUUAUAUUCAAGGGCAGCCCAAUGUAGAGUGUCCAAAGUCAAUCUGUCCAAAAGGGGCUGUAGCUGACAAACCAUCCAGAGCUGGAAAUAAGACUGUAGCUGGACUAUAACUUCCGUUAUCCCUGACCAUUGGCCUUCUUGACUGUGACUAGUUAGAGUUGUAGUGCAAAACAUAAGAAAAGCACCAGGUUGGAGAAGUCAGAUACAGUCAGAUUCAGCUUGGUGAUACUUGGGAUCUCACGUAUGCAACUUCCCAUUCAGCUCAGUGGGCCUUUCAUAUGAAAGAUGCACUGAGCUGUGUGGUUCUACUCUGACUCUACCACAGUUUGCAGUGCGAUGGAGUUCUUUUAUCAUUAUUGUUAUUUGUCUCCCUGCUGCCCUCUCCUUUAGCCAAAGCUGGGUGGUGACACAAGACUGAAUUCUGCCCUGGAAUCAGAUCACCAGUUCAUGACCAGUUCAGACAGACCUUGAUGCCCUUUUUAAAUGGAGCACAACCACAGGGGCUUUGGAUUGGAAUAACAACUAUCUGUUUAAUUAGCAGGCCAAAAGAAAUACUGUAGAAUUCCUUGUGUACUAUGAAAUUGCCACAAGGCCUUUACCAUUAAGAAAUACUAUAAAAUUGACUUCAGUUUAAUAAUUUCAGACCAAUGUUGUUGAGCAUUUAAGAGUCUAAAGCUAGACUGAAUAUUGCUUUCGAGUUUAGCUUUCUCAGUUUAGACUGAGAGCAUUGUUUUCCAUCAUACAUGUGCUCAUCAGUAGAGAGAUCAUAGGAUCUCAUAAAAGGUCUGUUUAUAGGAAUUUUAUGAACAAUCUCAUCUUUCAUUACAAGUACUUUCCUUGGAGAAACAUAACAUUCAUAGUCUUGCAGGAAGUGAUCUGCACGCAAAUGGCUGUAACAAAUAUUCUGUUGUGGCACCCAAACUGUCUUAAUGGAUUGCAAUGAAGAGCAGUGUAUUGCUUCGUUCUGAUGCGCUUCUCCCAUCACAUGCCUGCUAGACUCAUUAGUUGUUUGAUCAGUCAGCCUUCAAGCAUGACCCUCAAUUAAGUGAAAUUUAGGUAUCUUGUAGGGCCACCACUUAUUUCUCCUCCUUUUAACUAAUAGUCAGAGCCUUGUUGUACUGUAUUUGCAAAGAUCUGAAGUGUAGAUACUGGAGAUUGCAUAGGAUUUUGUUAGCUAAUACAGUAUUAUUUUACUCUGCGUAAUUUGUGAUGGAAGCUGCUUGUGUGUUUUGGAAUUAGACAACACUGAAUUGCUUUCUUUCAUAAUUUCAGAGUGUGUGUUUCUGUAGUAGAGAUAGGCAAGAAGCCAUCAGUUAGGCUGCUUAAAUGUCUUCUGAGAGUUCAGCAUGGACACUUGGACAGCCCAGUUCUCCUUUUCCUUCUAAGCCCUGCUCCCACCUCCUGCUCUCUGUACUAGUCCUUCAGCUUUCUCAAGAAACAAAGCAUUACCUUGGGGUAGCAGUGAUCAGGAGAGUACUCUGCACUUCAUGUCUACCCAUAGCAUACAAGCUCCAUAGGUUGUCUACAAACUUGACCUCCAUUUCUCACAUAAUGAGUUCAGUUGGCUCUUUUUAACAAAUAAUGAAUAAAAGCUCUGUAUAACUCUUUCCUUCAAUCAGAGUGCUUCAACAAGGCAGCCAGACAUAUCAUUCCCUCUCCUGCUUAUGUAUUCUCAUUGUGGUGCAUUGAUUAAAAAUGGGUGGUUCAAGUGCAUCAUGAAGUCCUUGCUGCCAAAAUGCACGAAUCCUGAGAAGCAAGAUAAUAUAAUGAAAAUAAGAUGGUUCUGUCUACCAGUGGAUCACGCAAAUGUUUUGUGUCAUUCUGGUCAACCCAUCACAGAAGAGACAUUCAUAUAGAACUGAAAACAAAACUGAAUUGGCAUGCCUUGCUUUAUGGAAUCAUUUGUGCAGGAUGAAGAGACCGGAGACAUUAUCAUUACCUUGCACAUAGUAUGGUGUGAUGAAGCAAAGUACAAGUAGGGAACUUAGGACAACAAUCUAGGGGGCUUCUGUUGGAAGAUUUGAUAGAAAUAAGUUGUAAAAAUUGAACAUUAACAGGACGUACUAUUGCUCAUAAGACAUACUUGUUGGUAAGUAAUUCUGUAAAAAGCAGUAUAAUGGCUGUAAGUUGACAGAUUUAUGAAAGAUGAGAUCUUUCAGUGUCAAGUUGGUGGCCUCCAGAUCUUUUGGACUUGGGGUAUUUUUUUACUACAACUCCAGAUGUCUUGGACUGCAUCUGUGCUUGCUGGGGCUGUUGGGAGUUGUAGUCCAAAAAAUCUGGAGAACACUAGAUUGACAAAAGGCUAGUCAAAACUGGGAAUCGGGAAAUACUGCCUUUAUUUUUAGGAUGCCACUAGGUUUGUUUCAUUGAGAUUUUGGACAUGAUGGACUGUAGCAUCUCCUCUUGCACCCUUUGAGGGUAGUCCAAGAUUUUCAAAAUUACAUCACUCCUGGUUACAGUCAGCCAAUUUCCAGUUCCACUUGGUAGCACAUAAGUCACUGUUGCAGCUGUAGGAAUUGCUCAUCUAAAGGAUUUAUUUCUACCUGGAACUAUGUUGCAGCCUUCCUUAUUGAUAGCAACCUGAGUCUUCGUCUAAAGGAAAAAUCCCAUAAAUUCUGUAGUAGAUAUAUGUAUAGUAGCAUUCUCUCUUUUCUACUUGUGACAUGCUUUCCUUUGUGUGUCUCUAUAGGAUCUCUCUGGUUCAAUAGACGAUCUGCCCAUGGGUACAGAAGGAGCACUGAGUCCUGGCGUAAGCACAUCAGGGAUUUCUAGCAGUCAAGGAGAGCAGAGUAACCCUGCUCAGUCUCCUUUCUCUCCGCAUACCUCUCCUCACUUGCCAGGCAUCAGAGGACCUUCCCCUUCACCAGUUGGAUCUCCUGCUAGUGUUGCUCAGUCACGCUCUGGCCCACUGUCUCCUGCUGCAGUACCAGGUAAAACUUUCUUUUUUACAGGCACAACCUUCUUAGUUUUAACAAACUGCUUAUUUUAGGAAGGUGGUUAGAGUAUCUGACUGGGAGUGAGGAACUCCAGGUUCAAAUCCAUAUUCAGCCAUGUAGCUCACUGGGUGAUCUUGGGUCAGUGACCUCAUUAUUUUGCAGCCUAACCUACCUCACAGGGUUAUUGUGAGGAAGAACAGAAGUCAGGGUGGUGGUGGUGGUAUAGAACAAUGUAGAGGAAAGGUGGAAUAUCAAUGUUAGUAAUACAUUACAAAUAAAUAUGGGGUAGAGACAUGAGUUCAGAACCCAUGUCCUGGGUGACUUUGGUCUGCUUUGGGGCUUCCUUGAAUGCUUUUGCCUGGCUGAAAUGAGUUCUUCACCUAUGAUAAUACUGCUUGCUUAACUAGAUGAAGUAGGUGGUGGGUAUAGAAAUCUGUACUUUGGGGGUAACUCUACAGAGGUAAGAGCCACAUCUGUAGCUCCACCUACUUUCCCCUCUGGCCCUGCCACUUUUUGUACCACUUUCAGGUUUGUCUUUUUUGAGCUGCUUUAGUGGGGAGUAGGGUGAAAUGCGGUUCUUCACCAUCAAUUUUUUCUUUGUUGUGCAGGUAACCAGAUGCCACCUCGACCACCUAGUGGCCAAUCAGACAGCAUCUUGCAUCCCUCCAUGAAUCAGUCAACCAUAACUCCCGAUAGAGGUGUGUGCAUGUGUGCAAUGACAGUUACGCUGUUUUGCCUGGCUUCUUGUAUAUAGCAAACAUCUCAGUGGUUCACGGAUCAGUCCUGAUGUGCAUGCCUAGCUUUUACAGGAUAAUCUUCCAUGAAAGGUGUAACUGGUGAUUUACGAAUUAGAGUAGGGAAUUGGGACAGUCCUUAAUGUGGAAUGUGAACUAGAAACAUACACAAUGCUUUUGUGACAAAAUUAGUUUUGCCAUGGUGCAGUUUGCAUCAUUCUCCAAAUUAUGCUAGAUACAGACACACACACACACCCAUACUUGUUUUCCUUUUGCCAUUCCACCUCAGGUUAUUGCUUACAACAGCCUUUCCCAACCGGAUGCCUUCCAGCUGUUGGCGAUUUCCAAACUCCCAUCAUCAUAAUCAUUGGUCAUACAGUCAGGGGUUGAUGGGAGUUGGGAGUCCAAAAUAGGUGCAAAGGUGCCCAACAGUAAACUCAAAUGUAACCUCUUAACUAUAGGGAUCAGUGGGAACAAUGCAAAUUUGUCAUUAGCAUGUGGUACAGCUGGCUGUUGCUUGUUCUAUUUAUUCAUUGAAAUAGGGUACCAUGUUUCUUUUAUUUUUGCCACCCCAUUCUCACUAUUCUCAGUGGGUUCAGAUAACUUAGCAGUCAUCAUAAAUAACUCCUCAAAGUGACAGCUACAAAAUAAGAGUGUGCUGUGCCACAGUUAUCAUAAGACUAGGGAAUUACCAUGUGAGAAUUUGUCAUUGAGGUUUUCAAGCUAUUAAUGUGAAAACUUUACCAGGCAUGUCAUUUAUGAAGAAUUUAGGAUUUCCAGAACUAAUUAUUUUUAAAAAUGUGUUUCCAUCUGCAUAGCCUGCUUUUAUAACAAUAUCCCUUGAAAUCAUUAUUAAUUAGGUUACAUACAGAGGACUCCACAGAUGCCCCAGUAUAAUUCCCCUCAGCCUGGGUCAGCCUUAUCUCCACGUCAAUCUUCUGGAGGACAGAUGCAUGCUGGGAUGGGACCUUACCAACAAAAUUCCAUGGGCAGUUAUGGACCUCAGGGGGGUCAAUACGGGCCUCAAGGUGAGAGUAUUACACUUGUGUUUCAAAUAAAAUGCAUGAGCAGUGAACAUGUGUUGUUUCUGUGGUUGGAUAAGAACACCUGCUUAAGACAAUGAGAUACAUGGGUAGAAAGCUUGAGCAGUCUUGUCUCUUGACCUACGAAGUGUGUGCUUACAGUUUUUAUCAUGGAUGUUGUUUAUUGGAUUAAAGUAAAGGGUGAGUGUGUUCUGCCACCAUUGCUGAAUCUGAACUUGGGAGUGUCUAGGCAUAAACUAAGUAUCAACACAAAACACUUAACAGAAGAUUUUAAUAAUGUGUGCUACAGUAUUCAUUUAGAAAUUUUGGGAAAUGGAGGGGGGUUAAGUGUGACUUUGUCUCCACUUCAUAGCCCUUAAUUUUUUCAUCAGUGUCCCAUACUUUACUUGGCCAAUACAGUUAGUUUUGGUAACUUAACUAGUCAUCUUAAUAUUUGGAUCAUUAUUGAUUAGUCCAGCCUUUGACAAUGAUUAGCUGAUUAACUUAGUCAUGAGAUCUCUGGUGGGAUGAUGCAUGGAAAGAUUCCACAUAAUGUGUGUACUGCUUUGUGGUUGAUAUUGCAAUGUAGCUGUGAUGAGAGAGAGAGUGUGUGUGUGUGUGUGUGAGAGAGAGAGAGAGAGAGAGAGCGAGCGCGAGAGAGAGAGCAAGAAAGAAAGAAAGAAAGAAAGUACUGAUGUGGAAUAGAUUAACAUUAGGACACUAUUUUGUGAAGCCAACAUUCUCCCAUCUUUUAGCUUGCCUUGUAAUAUGCAGGCUCAAGAUGCAAAUGCAAGAAUUGCCAGGAUAUUCUUUAGUCUUACUGAUCAUGCUCCCCUUUUCUCUGUAGGUGGAUAUCCCAGGCAGCCAAACUACAAUGCUAUGCCCAAUGCAAAUUACCCAAGCCCAGGAAUGGGAGGAACCAUGAACCCAAUGGGAGCAGGGAGUCAGAUCCAUGGUCAAACUGGUGUACCACCCUAUCCUGGGCUUCCUCCAGGGAGAGGAUUGAGCCAUGCUGCCAUGGGGAAUAGGCCCUAUGGACCCAACAUGGCAAACAUGCCUCCCCAAGUAGGGACUGGGAUGUGUCCUCCACCAGGUGGCAGGAAAGCACAAGAAGCUGCUGCUGCUGCUGCUAUGCAUGCUGCUGCCGUCAACUCAAUCCAGAAUAGGUAAGCCAUGGGGGACCCCUUACCUCUGAAACAGAAUUUCCUAGAAUUUCAGCUCUUUAAAACAAUACCUCUUUAAAUAAGUCAGAAUAGACUUCCCUAAAUCCAGAGUAAAAUACUGUUAGGCACCCUAUUUGCAAUAAAGAAAAGGCAAAGGCAGUCUCAGAUACUGGCACUGAAUUAUUACCAAAACACUCCAAAACAAAGUACAGUCACAAGAAUAGGGUGGAACUAAACAUCUGUAUCUGUAUAUAUAAUAUCAAGUGUCGCGGGCCAGAGUAAAUAGGUAUAUCUUCAUCUUACAACAGAAACUGCAUAAUGAAGAAGCCAGACACAUCUUUGUGGGGAGGAAAUUCCACAAUUUAGGGGCUGCCACAGAUGAGCCUCUCUCACGGGAUACCAUCCUCCAGGCUUCUGAGGGCACAGAACUACCAAGGGCCCCCCUCCUGCUGAUCUUAACACCAGAGAGGGUUUGUGGGAGGGAUGCAUUUGGGGCCUAAGUCAUGGUUAAAUACCAUAUUGGCCCAAAUGUAAGCCACAAGUCGGGGGGGGGGGAAAAGACAGUACCCUCCUAAAGCCACUUCCUUCCUUGCUUUCUCCCUUCCCGGCCUUCGGGGAGAGGACGGGGGACUAUGCGUGGGGCGGGCAGUGCUUUGCCAUGCUCCUGGCACUGUUUGCCUCGUGCUCCUGGCUGCAUACUGGGGGGGGGGGGAAGCCAUGCUGCGUUGCCGGCGGCCUUUCCCCUUCCCUGCUCUCUCCCUUCCUAGCCUUGGGACUGCGUGCGGAGUGGGCACCACUUUGCUGUGCUUCUAGCUGCACACUGGAUCAUUUUUGUAAGGUUGCAAAUAUAAGCCACACUUCAACUUUUCACGGUCAGAAUUUUUUUGGGGAAAGUGUGGCUUAUAUUCGGGCCAAUAUGGUACCAACAUCAGACCUUAAUUUGGGUCUGGAAACAAACUGACAACCAGUGGCAGUUAGGGAAGGGAGAUGGGGUGGGUAGUGUCUUCUGUUGGAUUAUAAUGGAAUUCAUUUUUCUGCUGUCCAACGUUACCUGGAAGAGACAAUAAAAUAAGUGGGGUGGGUUUCUUUCGUCUUGUAUUGGGAAGGCCUCUGCUUCAGUUGCAUCUGGAACAUGUAUACUCAGUGAGCAAUUUACACAGUAUUGAGAAGCUUGGGGAAGAGGGCUAUGCCAAUUUUAGGUGUGUCCAGUUGACACGUGGUCGCCAAUGGGUGGGUACUUUUCAGCCUGGAAGAAGGCAAAAUGAGGAUGGAAUGGGGUGGGGUGCACUUUAAUGCAUUCCACUAAUGCACAUGGGGGCCAGGAAUGGAACCCCAACACAAAAUGGUUGCCACCUGUAUCUUGAUGCUAAAGGAACUCAAACCUCAAAACCUUAGAAGAGCUGAAAUUGCCUCAAUAGCCCAGAUCUGAGUCUCACUUUUUCACCCACACAGCAAGUCAGAGAUACACUAAGGAAUGCCCACUAUGGAGAAAGAUAAUCUCUUUAGUCUACCUGUUUGUGUAGGGAAUUUAAUCAGGAAAAAUCACAUUAUUAGCCAAGUGCUCGUUGGUAAUGUACGCAGUUGACUAUUUCUAAUAUAGUUGUGUUGUUUUUAGGCCAUCUGGUUACCCCCAUAUUAACCAAGGAGGAAUGAUGGGAACUGGGCCUCCCUAUGGCCAAGGAAUAAAUAGCAUGGCUGGCAUGCUCAAUCCCCAGGGCCCACCAUAUCCAAUGGGUGGGAAUAUGGCCAACAAUUCUGCAGGUAAGAUGCUGUACCCAGUCUUUCUGCCCAAGUUCUUUGUAUUUUUGAAUGGCAAGCUGAAAAACAUUUUCAUGUUGGUGUUUGACUCUCUAGGGAUGGCUGCAAGUCCUGAGAUGAUGGGACUCGGGGAUGUUAAACUAACACCAGCUCCCAAAAUGAACAACAAGGCAGAUGGAACCCCCAAAACUGAAUCCAAGUCGAAGGUAAAAAAAAAGUUUUCUGUAGCUGCUGCAGAGAUUGGGAGGUAGUUUGUCAGCACUGGUUUUUAAAGAAAUGUGAGCCUGGAUUUUAUUAGUGUGCAUUUGACUCUAUCUUAUGUGAUUUGGUUAUGGUGAAAGUAUGAGACUUUUCUUGUUUUACCACCCAUAUUGUUGCUGAACAACAUCAUUUCCUUGUAGAGAGCUGCACUACCAACUUCAUAUGAUUGCCAAAUGAGGCACUUGUUUGUGCAAAUUCAGAGAACACGUAAGCAUUUAUGGGGUUCUUUGAAGCUUGUUGGAUUGUGCCUGGAACACACUUAGACCAUGCCUGCGUAAUAUUCUCCUUGAUUAAGUAAUGUGUAUUGUACCUCUUGCCUGGGGUUUACCUCCAAUAAAUCAUGGCCCUAAGGCAUGAAGAGCGCUAGAGCUAUACAAAGCUUUUCACUCCAAAGCACUUUAUUCUAUCCUUUGCUUGCAUUCUGUUGCGCUAGUGGACAUUCUCUGUGGAAUUAAGAGUAGAGCAUCUUAUGCAUUUAGUCUAUAUUUCCAGUGUGUGGAAUGGCCAACCACAUGCCAGGUUAUGUGGGAUCAGCUUUCAAAGAUGCACAGAAAUGUAUUUCUGGUUAUGGGAGUCAACAGUCUUCCCCCAUGAGAGCUUUGUAGCAGUGUUUAUUAUAAUAGCAGAAGCAACUAAUCAUAUUUCAGAUCUAAAUGACAAAAUGCUGUGCGAGAAUUUUUUUUAAAAGUAUUUGUGGAUGCUCGGACCCCCGAGCUUCAUGCAUCUUCUGUGUCUUUAGGACCUGAUUUCUAACUUUUAUUUAUUUUUGUUUUUUAAAAAAUGGCAAAAUUUCCAAUAUGUCCCUCAGUGCCAACCUGAAUUAGUGUAUAGUUCUUCUUCUGAUGAUGUAACAUAGAGGGUGGGAUUCAAAAAGAGCUGUUGCAAACAGGGUUUGAAAUCCUUAUUAAGUGGAAACUGUAGUUACUGUUUGUGUCACCAAAACACUUUUAACUGUGGUUAAGGAAGAAAGAGAGAGUUGGCUCCAGAGUAGAUAAGGGGAUAGGAAGCACAUCGUAUCUGUGGCCUGCUCAUAUUCUGAUUUUACAUCUGCGCCAGCCCAAGUAGAUGUGGCCUUGGACAUUCUAUGCAGGAUGUCUCAUUCAUAUUACAUGUUACACUGGCACCUCAACUUUCACCAAUCUGGAAUAGAGAUAUAUUUCCCUCAAGGAUUAUUCUAACCCUCAAAUGUUAAUUUUGAUGAUAAGGGAAAUGCAGUGAUUUUAUAUUUUUCUUCUGCCAGACAUUUGGUUCUUAGAGAAUUAGGUUCUUCAAUGUUCUACAGUAGCAACCUACUUGUAAGGUUAACAACUCUGAAUAUGGGAUCUUAACUCAAUUUGUCAAUUGUAUCAAAUAGGGCAGUGACCAGGAGGUUGUCAUCCUGGUGCCAAAAAGCCUUGCAGGAUUCUCCCCAUACCUUUGUUAUUUUUAAUUGCAACAAAGUAGAGGAAUAGUAAAGGAAUAGUAGAGCAGUUUAAUAAAGCUUUGUUCUUUUUCUCAGUCCAGAUCUAACAACUACAGUAGUGCUGUUGUAGUACUAAACAAGGAGCCUCAUAGUUGCUGCUUCAGAGAGUCUUCCUUGUGCCCUUCAGACUUCCUCGUAGCAAAAUACUGACAUAGCUAAGCAAGUUAGCUUCAUUUAUCUUUACUUAGCUAGAUAGGAUCUGUUUUCAACUCUGUGGCAAAUAAGCCUGGUUCCUUUAAACUCAAACUGCUCUUAGACUUUGAUUACCUGGUACCUCCCACAGCUUUCUGCUUUAAAGACUGCAGUUCCAAGUGCUUGAGGUUGGAGCCAUAAGGAAAGGGACUAAUGCAAAAAUUCAGUGUACAUUUCACAAAGAAAUUUUGCUUACAUUUUCUUAAUGCUCAGACAAUUGGGCCAUUGCCUAGUCCCAUUAAACCCCCAUGUUUAUUCAACUAGUCUAAAAUUCACUGGGGAGAGUGAUCCUCUCAUAUGUUGGAUCAAAUGAACCUUCCCUGUCUCUUAAAUGAAAUAAUUCCCUGGGAGUGUUUUUCCUGAGGCAGCUGUUGCCUUUUAUUCUGCAGUACAAUCUUCCUGCAGUGAGAGAAAAGUAAGAGAAGAACAAUCAGUCUAGGUAGUGGCUAGAAUGCCAUAUGGGUUCGACUUGAGACAUCUUAGGAGCCCAAAAGGAACAUUAUCAAAACUGAUUACCAACUUCUUUGGCUGGGAAUUUGCAUAGACAGCAAAGUUAUCUUGAGGAUUCUGACCCUGACAAAGGAAGCAACUUUGACCACUAGUUGUCUAACUUUAGUUUGUCAUAAAGUCUUCUUUCAUUGCCUUUGUUUGGUGAAAUGCCUUUCACUUUAACUAAUGCUGAUCCAAGGCUUGCGACUAUUUAUCUGAUUUGUAUAUUCAUUUUCAACAAUAGUUGUGAAAGCAGGUUACCCUUCCAGAAAAAUAAAUGUUAUUGAUAAAAUGACAGUAAUAACGAUACAGUGUUGUAACAGUGACAGAUUUAAAAAUGGACAGCUAGUAUUAAAGUAACAUCUUAAUAAUAAAAGGCUUGCCUGAAGAGAGAGAUUUUAACAGUUCAUUGGUAACAGAUUCAAGAGCUUGGGGGCCACCAGCAAAACAGCUGCUUGGAUGCUGGCCACUAGCCUGAUACAUGGUGGGAGUGCAAAGAGGUAUUCAUCCUUACAUCUCAAAGUGCAUGGCAACAGGUCAUGUGCUUCCAGACUUGGAAAAAUCUGCAUACUAUCAUUGAUCAGUUGCUUGAAAGUUAUACUAACACCCCCUUCUUUCUAUUUUAAAACUCAAAGCUGUGCAAGCACUGUGUCUCACACUAUUGCUGUGACAUAGUGUGUGUAGUUUGCUCCUGCAAAGAGAAGUUGGCUAACAGAAUUAGGAGACAUCUGGAUGUGGGUGUUCCGUUUUUCACCCCUGAUGUUUCCUACAUCUCUUACUGACUCUUAACAGUGGAGCUUCUCAUUCUGUCCAAAUCCUUACUUCUUCCCCAGGCCAGUUUGUCAUUGUCAAGAGGUUUUCCUUCUGGCCUGUGUACAACUACAUUCAGAUAAUACUGGGCUGACCUGCAUCCACAUUUCAUGCUUUUUAACAAAGUUCUACCAUCUCUAUAACCUCCUGCUUCUACUACAGAUCUCUUAGUUCUUUGGUUGUCUCUUUACUGAAUGGUUGUGUUGCUAUUUUCUCUUCAUUGACUUGUUUCCAUUAUUGCUUCUUUGCUCGAAGACAGAAUAUUUUUGGAUUUUCACACAGUGUUGCUGAACUUGCUUUGACUGGUCUUUUAACACCAGGUUGGUGUUCUUCAUUACCAAGCCUUUUUGCAGUGAGAGACCAGAAAUGUUAACUAGUUCCUUUACUGCCAGAAGAUCUGAUGUUUGUGAGAGAAGUUGGACAUACCAGUGAAUGUACUUGUCUGCACCAGUCCAUAGGUGGUGGCCCUUCUCCUUGUUGUAUGGAACUUAUAAUUCAGCAGCCUGCAUUUCAGAAACAUACAAUAUGUGUUUACUGAAGAGUGUUCUUCAUAGCAUCUUGAUUCUUCUGGGAGCUGGGUGAGGGACAACUUAAAUAGGGCCAUGCCUUACAAUUCUGAGAAAGUUUUACUAUUUGGCAUACUCCGCUGUGGUUUAUGAAAGGAAAAGUCACUGGUGAGUCCAGGCUUCUUCUCUGUAAGGAUUCAAUGAGGCUGCAGCUUUCCCAAAACUCCUGUGACGUUUUGUUUGUAAAUAUUAUCUUACUCUUUCAACACCCAUAAAGAUAAUGUCUGAAAUUCUACUGGAGCCCAUUAUAUUGGCUUUUUAUUUAUUGGCUAUUCACUUGUUGCAUAAUCACUGUAACCAGCAAGACUUGAAUCUAGAUGAUUAUGCUUCAUUUUUCUGGCACAUUUGUACUGAAAUUAAACUUUCAUAGGAUCUCAGCCAUCUUCAGAUGCACCAUACUUCUUUAAUCAGCUUUAUUUCGUAAGUUGUACUGCUUGAACAUAGUUUCUAGGGUUAACACUUCUUUUACAUUUGUUUCUAAGACUUGUUUUUACAGUGUUUUAGUUUGUAUUUAGCAUACAUGCAAAUUUAUUUAUUUAUUUAUUUAUUUAUUUAUUUAUUGUACUGCCUUUCUGCAACCUGUCUCCUCCCUAUGCAAAGUGGCUGACAAAAAUAACCAAACGAACAAAUUAACCAAAAUCCUGUAUUGGUAAACAAAGCAGCAAAGACAGUAUCAGCACAUCAAUAACUAGCAUUAUAAAAAGAAAAUUCAUGGCACUUUUAGUAGCCACCAAAUAAAGCAGAAAAUCGAGAUUAAUUCAAAUUAAACAAUGAGACUACAAUAAAACAACAAUAAUGGAAACAGAAAGCUAAUUAAUAUGAAUUCAGAGUCAUUAAUCAACAAAUGCAUGGACGAGCAGGACAGAUUUCACUUCAUGUCUAAAAGAUUUAAAAAGAGGCUAGACAUAUAUUCCUCAGGUGGAGUUGCAUCAUUUGGGCAUAACCCUUAGCCAUGGUUCACUGUCUAGUAGCAACCUGCAUAACCUCUGGAGAUGAGUACAUCCAAGAAAGUUCAUUGAUGGCUCAGCUGCUGUGCAGGUUCAUAUAAGAGCAGGCAGCCCUUAGGGUACCAUGGUGCCAGAUGAUGUAGGGAUUUAUAAAUUAAGACCAGCCCUUUGAACUGUGCCCAGAAACAAACUUGAAGACCACAAAGGUAUUUGAAUAUGGAUGUAAUGUGUUGAUUCCAAAAGAUAAAAGAAGACGAAGAGUUUGGAUUUGAUAUCCCGCUUUAUCACUACCCUAAGGAGUCUCAAAGCAGCUAAUAAUCACCUUUCCCCUCCUCCCCCCACAACAAACACUCUGUGAGGUGAGUGAGGCUGAGAGACUUCAGAGAAGUGUGACUAGCCCAAGGUCACCCAGGAGCUACAUGUGGAGGAGCAGGGACGCGAACCAGGUUCACCAGAUUAUGAGACUACCACUCUUAACCACUACACCACACUGGCUAGAUUCAUGACUAGUUAAUGACCUGGCUAUCAUAUUCUGAAAUACUUGUGAAGUUUUUAGAGAGACAGCUGUACAUAUAAUGCACUGCAGUAAUGAAACCUGGAUGUUACUAAACUGCAAUGUCAAUGUCAUCUUUGCAGUAAAGGACCAGUUUGUAAUUAUUGCUGUAAUUAACUGAUGUUAACCUAGAUUUCCACAAUGCACUUAGACUGAAGUAGGGUGAUUGCGCCUACAUCAGAAUGGUGUCAUUGCUUUUCUCCCUGCGUUAUGUGAUGAUAUCCGAAGACCUACCUUUUCUCAGAUUGCUUUUAAAUUAAUGUGUGAUUCUCUACUCUGCUUCUUCCUCUCUUUUUUCUCUAGAAAUCCAGCUCCUCUACUACUACAAAUGAAAAGAUUACUAAACUAUAUGAGCUGGGUGGUGAGCCAGAAAGAAAGAUGUGGGUAGAUCGCUAUUUGGCUUUCACUGAAGAGAAAGCAAUGGGCAUGACCAAUCUUCCAGCUGUGGGCCGGAAACCCCUAGACCUGUAUCGGCUCUAUGUCUCUGUGAAGGAGAUUGGAGGGCUGACUCAAGUGAGUUAACUUAAGCUUGUAUCUGUUAAGAUUCCCUUUCUCAGGUCCGUCUUACACACAACACACGUUUAUAUAUCUUAUUAACCCUGGAGGGAUGCACAAGGCCACAUCUAAUUCAUAAAUUCCCUGCCCUGAUAAGCAAAAUUCUUGAUAGGUUGCUUCAGUUUUUUUAUUCACAUUACUACAUCAGUUUGGGGUAAUACUACUGUUAGUGCUCCCUCCCCUCUUGAACUUGUGUUUUUAUAUUUGCUUCCCUAAGAUGGACAAUAAAUUGCUUAUUGCUUUUUUUUAAUCCUUUGUUAUGAGGAAGGAAACUGGUGAUUUAUAUUUGAGUUUCCUUACUUUCCUAAACACUACUUGAGAAGUGUAUUGCUUUGCCUGUGGCAUGCUUUAGAAAGGAGAUGUGACUUGGAUUUAAAAGUUGGCUCUUCUGGCUUUGUGCAGGUUAACAAAAACAAGAAAUGGCGUGAGUUAGCAACCAAUUUGAAUGUGGGUACCUCCAGCAGUGCAGCUAGCUCUCUGAAGAAGCAGUAUAUCCAGUGUCUCUAUGCCUUUGAGUGUAAGAUUGAGCGAGGAGAAGAUCCUCCCCCAGACAUCUUUGCAACUGAUUCAAAGAAGUCACAACCCAAAAUACAGCCUCCAUCUCCAGGUGAGUCAACUUUGACUUCUGAAGUGUUGAAUUCAUCCUGUCUUGUAAUGUCCAGAUCAGGGUCUAGUAGGCCACACCCUGUAUCAGUAUAUCACAGUUGCUCAACAGGGUCCUUAUUCUACCAGAAUGUGGAACUGUGGCAGUUAUAUAUUUUUAAAAGGCAUAUUUACAAAUGUGAUUUAUCUAGGCAGCCUUUCUGCAUUUGUAAAGGUGUUAGAGCAUCGUUGAGAACUGGAGGUGGCUUUUGCCUGCUCCAGGCAGGGUAGCUCUUUCAGAUAAAGGAUGGCAUGCUGGGAUUAUACACUGAUGUAGAGACAGUUGACUUUUCUUUCUGUUGUUCGCUUAAGACUUGAAAACGUCUUGCUGUAUAUCUCAAAUUUGACACCUUGUUUUUUAGAACCCAAAAGUAUGCUUUAUAAGGCUGGAAUGAUAGAUUUAGUGCUGAUACGUUGCAGAUUUCUCAUGGGUUCAUGGUUUGGAUCAAAAAUUUUGGUAUCUGAUCCAGAACUUGAGAAGACCUGGUUUCAACAUAUCAUUCACUUCUUACGUAUAAUGUUGUGUCCUUACACAGCUGCCUGUACAAUCACAACAUGCUGCUCAACUGAAUGGGCCAAAUAUGUGUGCUAAAUGUCUAUUUUCUGUUAGUAGUCCUGUGGUACUCAUUGUAUUUCUGCAAACCACAUAACUGUGACUUUUCUAGCAGCCCGGGAUUGUUGCAGUGAAGGGUGGGACUAGUAUGAGAAAAAUGGGAACCAAGACUAACAAUUGGCUUAAAUACACUGCUACUGCUGUAUUAAUGUUCUUCAGCAUACUAGCUGUCUUAAUGUUUGAAGAGCUCUAAUCCAUAUACUGGAAUUUUUUUUAAAAAGACUAAUAUCCACUACAAAUUGGGCACUGUAAAAAAAAAGUUUUUCUUUCUUCCCCACCCCUUCACUGUAAAGGUAAGCACUGCUUUUUCUUAAGGCAACACUGCUGUGAUUGAAGUUCUUUUGCUUUCAUUUUUUACUUAUGCUGACCAAUCCUUGUUUCACGAAAAUUUCUCAGAACUUUGAUCAUCUAUUAUACUCCUGGCCAUAUGUGGGGGGAGAAGGUGGGAAUGUGAGCCCAAGGCUUAUAGUGGCUCCUUCCUGCUCAGUAAACCAUGGUUUAACAUGACUUGCAAGCACGGCCACUGUGUUACUAUCAUGGUUGUGGAAAUUGAUGGGGGGCAUAUUAAAGAAUUGUGACAAGGCAGCACUGUAUGCCUGUAGCUACAUUCUGAAGUAACUUCCUUCACAGCAGCAUGAUGGAGAACAGUUGACACGUCAGAGGUUUUGGGGGCUGACGUAUCAAAUAGGAGUGACAUCCAGCAGCCAACUAAAAAUGUAUUAGGAGUUGUGUUACAUAAGAUCAGGUGAUUUUUCCAUCAAAUCCAGUGUUGUCAUCUCUGGCUGGCAGUGGUUCCAGGAUGUGAGAUGAGAACUUUCCCAUUACCUGCUACAUGAUCCCUUUAACUAAACAUGUCACAGGUUGAUCCUGGGACCUUUGGUCCUCAAAUCUAAUUGAUGCCUACAAGAGUCUUAAUUUGACCUGUGAGACUGUUUCCCUCAAGCCACAUCCACUCGCUCCAAACCUGGCAUCGUAUAUGUCAUGUGUGAGGUAGAUAAAUACUACAGAGGAACAACCAGGAGCCUUUGAAUGAGCUCCUUCUUGUUCCUUGGCAAAUGGGGCUUGUAUUCAUCGUAUUUUGAAUUGGAUGGCAAAUACAAGCUCUGCUGGGAUUGUUUCGACAUGGGAGUUCCCAAGCAGAGCCAGUCCCUGCUAAAAGUGGGGCUUAAAGUCACAAUCAGCUGGUUGGCAUUGACUUCAAGCCCCAAUUGGAUUGACUGGGAUCUGCGUUUGCUGUGCAGCUUGAGUCCAAGCCUCCUUGCAAAGGAAAAAUGGAUCACCUAAUAUCAUGGUGAUGGCAUGCCUGUCAAAGUAGCGCAGCCAGAGGUGGCAGAACUCAGGAUCUAGAACUCUGAUCAGAUCAUGUUCCUCACCCCCCUGCUGUACAAUGAAGACGUACUAUUCCACAAAACAAUAGUUCCUCAUUUGGAAUCAUUCUGUAUAUUUGAGCAGUCCAAUACUGUUCGGUUGCUGAAUGCACUAGCUGGGAUUCAGUAAAAAUAUCACUGAGAGUAGUGAUGUGCUCUUGCUCCCUUCUGGUGACCCAGUCUGAAAUCCAUUGCUGGAAGAGGACAUGGUGGGAAUUUGAGAUAGACAUCAUAGGAUCUGUACCUACCCUUUUCCUGCUGCUUUGUGCCACUUCUCUUGAGCAAAUGGAUAUGCUUCCAGUCUUCUGCUCUCUGCAGUGUGAAUCCUUUUCAUAUUCAAAUACUGUGGCUGCUUAUUCUGAGUAAAUUUAGUGGAGGGGAUGCAUAGCAACAGCAUCAUUUGAACCUGAACCUCCUGGACAGUAAUUUUUGUUGUUGUGAGAAGGUGUGGUGACAUGUUGCUUGGAGUAUCCAAGUGACACACUAUCUAUCCCACACCACAUGAGUGAGGGGAUGCCCCUGUGGCAUAUUAUGUGAUGGAGGCAUCAGGGAUACAGGUGUCAUUUUGCCUGUCAACAUUACGGUUUCAUAGGGUUACCAUAUUUUUCGCCCUAUAGGACGCACUUUUUCCCCUCCAAAAAUGGAGGGGAAAUGUGUGUGCAUCCCAUGGGGUGAAUGCAGGCUUUCGCUGAAGCCUGGAGAGCGAGAGGGGUCGGUGCGCACCGACCCCUCUCGCUCUCCAGGCUUCAGGAAGCUCUGCGCAACCCUCGGGAGACCAGCGCGACUUUGCGCCGGUCUCCCGAGGACUGCGCAGAGCUGCCUGCAGCCCUGGGCUUCGCGCAGCCCUAGGGAGCCCGGGGCGAAGUCGCGCCGGUUUCCUGAGGGCUGCGCAGAGUUGCCUGCAGCCCCGGGCUUCGCGCAGCCCUAGGGAGCCCGGGGCGAAGUCGCGCCGGUUUCCUGAGGGCUGCGCAGAGCUGCCUGCAGCCCCGGGCUUCGCGCAGCUCUGCGCAGCCCUAGGGACCCUGGGCCGAAGUCGCGCCGGUCUCCUGAGGGCCGCGCAGAGCUGCAUGCAUUCCGAAGCCUGGGGUGCGCUGAAGAGCGCACCCGGGCUUCGCGCAGCUCUCCGCAAGCCUGGGGAGACCGGUGCGACUUCCCGCCGGGCUCCCUAGGCUUGCGGAUAGCAGGCUGUUCUCGGGGCUGGGGUUGGGGGAAUCUCGGGCUUCCCCCGUGCCAGCCCCGUGCCUGGGGGGGAAAUAAAUUUUUUCCCCUUUAAUUCCCCCCCCCCCCAAAAAAAACUAGGUGCGUCCUAUGGGGCAGUGCGCCCUAUGGGGUGAAAAAUACGGUAUAUCCAGUCCUAGUCCUGUUCAGGGUGGACCAAUUGAAAUUAAUGCACAUUACAAACUAAGGUCCAUUAAUUACAAUAGGUCUGCUGUAGAACUCAGUUGGAUAAAACCCAUAAUCUCUAACCCACCACCUCAAAAACAAUUGUUGUAGGUUUCAUUUGCUGCAUUUAUUGUAUACAUCUUCUUAUUGCAUUUUUAUUGUAAAGCCUCUCCAGGAAAGUUUGUUUGAAGGGUGAGGUUGUGUAUGAAUUUAAAAACUCACAAGUACAUUAAUUGGUGAUAACACAACCAGCUCAUUUUUGCUGUGUUGACCAACAACUGUAGUGGGACAGGAAACCAUCGAACACUUGCGUUGCAAUAAUGCUGUUAACCUCCAAAGUGCCGCAGUAUUCCUUGUAGUUGCCGUGAGAGGCUACCAUAGCUAGCUCUCUAGAACCUACUACCCCUUUAAGAGGUGUACAGCUCCAAAAACUAGCUCUUGGCUGAUUUACCUGCAGGCCUCUUUUAACUAAAUGUCCUGUGUUGCUUUGGUUUCUGUUGGCUUCUGUUGAAAAGCUAAUGCUUGUGGCUGGAAAAAGCCAUGUUCCUGUGGUUGGAUGGGGCUGAUCUGUGCACUUAGGGGUAUAUCUGAAGGGGUAAACUUGCAGUUACAGCAAACAGCUCGCUUGUGGAAGAUGCCAGGGUUCUCCAGCCAGCAAAACCCCCCUAUUUAUUGUGUGUGGGUUUGUGGUGCUAGGUCCUGAUUUGCUUUGCCACUCUCCUUAAAGCAUUUGUGGUGCUAAACUCCUCCUUACAGUGCUGCACAAGUAGUGUCUUGUGUGUUAGAUGGUGCCUCCUGGAUUGCUACUGCACAAGCUUGCUCUCUCUCUCCCCUCCACGCUUCCCCCUCCCUUCCCCAAUCCCUUUCAGCUUUUUUUGGCUCCUGGUUAUGAAUGAAUGGCUGGCAACAUGUGCCCUGGGAAGUGCAGCCAGUUAGGCUUGAAUUCACAGUGUAUGGAAUUGGCAUCCCUCCAGCAGUUUGUAAAUUUGUGAGUUGGGAGGGACAGCAGGGGGUGGGGACGAACAACAAAUGGCAGCGACACAGGGAAUGUCUCGAAACCUCUUCCUGCUGAUGUCAGUGUAUUAGAAUGCAGCAGCGACUUUGCUUGUUGGAUUCCCAGGGGAACGGAAUGGAGCUGAAAGGCUAAUGAAUGGGGAGAGGGUGUGAGGGGAGGGGUUAUGAAUGAAGCUCCCUGCUGGGCUUGCCUCUGCCCUUCCUUCUCAGGAGAUGUCCCCAGACUGGGAGGGAGCAGCGGAGCAGAGGGAGAGGGUGCCAGGAAGGUGGGGCGUAAACAAACAUGACCUGUAGCUGACCUCUAGAGGAUUUUAAUGAAUAGCUGAAAUGACUCAUCAACUUGCAAGGCUGAGGCAAGGGAUAUCAGUGCCGAAAAUGGUAACUAAUGGAAACCUUAAUUAAGAGUUUGGCUUUCGCUAGCUGCUAGGAGUGUAUAAAUCUGAGAGAUGGCACCAUUAGAGGCUGUGGUUGGCCUGGAACAGCAGAACUCAAUAAACUGCACAGCUGGCUUUUUGAUAUUGUAUACCUGGAUUUUCAGACAGUUUCCAGUGGUCUUGUGUCGAACGGUCCAGAGUAGCUGCUUGAUCCCUUUUCCUUAGCCUUCUAUAGAAGAAUUUGUCUUGGACUUUCUGGGAAGGCUCCAAUGGAGAUUCCCUGUGCUGUGCUUUUAGAACCUUUUACUUGAGGAGCUCAAACUAGGAGUUGGGUGUUUAAUCUGCCGUCAACAUGCCUUUCUUGGUCAUGUGCAAAACUGGACCAUACUGAUGCGGAAUUGCCUCCCUACCUAAAGAUGCAGCUCAGAACAUUGUUUCUCCUGGGAGGCUUUGUUUUGUGGUCUAGCUCACAGCACUUUUCAGUUAAGCCUAGCAAAUUUGGGUUAAUAGUCACAGGCAUUAUGGUGUGUAGGAAAGAGCAAGUUCUGUUAUAGAAAUGAUGACCAUUGCCUCCCAAUAUAUCCUCGGAUUUCAGGAAGUUGUACUUCCCUGUUCAAGGAGUACUACCUUUGAGAGUUUGCAUUGCUAUAAAAUCCUUCAAGGUUUUUCUUAGUAGCUUCUAUUUACCAUGGAGCUGAUGCCUCUCUUCUCUACUUGCAGCUGGUUCAGGCUCCAUGCAGGGCCCUCAGACACCUCAGUCCACCAGUAGCUCCAUGGCAGAAGGAGGAGACUUGAAGCCCCCAACUCCUGCAUCUACGCCACACAGUCAAAUGCCCCCUUUGCAAGGCAUCAGGUAUUCCGCAGUCAACUUCCUGCUACUAACAAAUGCCUAAAGGCUGCUGUGCCUGGCCGUGGCUUUUCUAAUAGAUUGCAUUGAUUGACUUCCAUGUUAAAACAGUUCCUCCUUUUGUUGGCUCAGGAGUAACUCAGUAGGCCUUCAGGACACCUUUCCCGAUGGCAGUGACCCUACUUUCCAGAAGAGGAACUCCAUGACUCCAAACCCAGGGUACCAGCCCAGCAUGAAUACUUCUGACAUGAUGGGUCGCAUGUCCUAUGAAACAAAGGAUCCAUAUGGCAGUAUGAGAAAAGGUGAUGUUAUCUUUCAUACUAUAGCACAGAGCCAUUAAACUCUCUAAUCCCAUGAAAGGAGCUUUGGAACAAAAUAGCUUUAAUUUUAUGUCCAAUAUAGCUUCAUGUCUUCCUGCUGAAGAUUGAUGGUUUCCUUUCUCCACUUUCAGGAAGUGAUCCCUUUAUGUCCUCAGGGCAGGGCCCCAACAGUGGUAUGGGUGAUCCUUAUAAUCGUGCUACAGGUCCAGGGAUGACUAAUAUGGCCAUGGGGCAGAGGCAGCAUUAUCCUUAUAGCCCUUAUGAGAGAGUGAGGUGAGUAUUCACCCUGGAUGCAUUGAUUCUGUUAUUGAUUGAUUGAUUGAUUGAUCCAUCCAUCCCACUUUCCCCCUAGAACAAGGCAGUUCUCAAAAAUGAAAACAGAUAGAGACCCUAUGCUGCUAUACCAAGCAAAUCACAGUUAUGCAGAUAUUUGCUAAAUGAACACAGCAUUUUUCUCCCAGAAAUAUCAGUUUUCACAGAAUUUAUGUGUCUCAGGUUUGGGUUUACAGGUGAAUAUGUUUUUCAGGAGUAUGUAAGUGGCAGGAGGGCUGGAUAUGGGCAAGGCAGGCUUUGAAGGAUUGUGGUGUUAGUGGAACAGGACUAAAAGAUGUGACAGUUGAAGUGAUGGCUGGACUCUGUUUCCUGAACUAUGGAGCCUUGCAUGAGCACCACCCCACCUUGUCAGACCAUGAGGACUAGAAAUUCUACAAGGAAUGAGAAAUUUAAAAUUCUAUACAAAAUGUACAAGAUUGUACAGAACUGCAGAAGGCAAAGAGAGCCCUGGUUCUGUAACAUGCAUUAUAUUUAUUUGCAGUGGUGAUUGUGCUGUUAGGUCAAGUAUGGGGAAACAGUAGCCCUCCAGAUGUUGGACUAUAACUCUCACCAUCCCUGGCCAUGCUGACUGGCGAUAAUGGGAGUUUGGAGUCCAAAAACAUCUGGAGGGCUACAGGCUCCCCACCCCUGUGUUAGAUUCUUUCUUUGUAGAUGAGGGCUAGAAUUGCUUAUAGUGUGAGGGUGUGCUGUGUUUUCCCUCAGGACUGAAGCUGGAAUGGGACCUGAAACCAAUUUAGGAACCGGAACACCCCAGCCCAACAUCAUGCCUUCCACUCCUGAUUCAGGGAUGUACUCCCCAAGCCGAUAUCCUCAGCAGCCACAGCAGCGGUAAGUUCCAGUAUGCCUCUAUUGUGUCAGCAAUACAGUCACAAUAGAAUUCCAUGGUGUUCUGUGCAUCUGGGAAGAAAACUAAUACUUUCAUCUUUUCUGCAGACAUGAUUCCUAUGGCAAUCAAUUUCCCACUCAAGGUACAUCCUCCAGCAGCCCCUUUCCUAGCCAACAAACCACCCUAUAUCAGCCACAACAGCAGGUGAGCUCCCUGAGGUUUUGCAAUUCAACUGAUAAAGAUUGGGGUGGUUGUGACCUGUGAGCAGUCACAGAAGGGAAGGAUAGUAAUGGUUUAGUUCAGUGGUUCUCAAAAGGAGUGGCAUGAGAGGAUGGCAAGUGCGGCGGGAAGAUUCAAGGACAAUAAAAUAAACGUUUGAAUAUUUCAGUGUAGUAUUGUAUCAAAAUAUUUGGGGGGGGGUUUACAAUCAGAAACCGUAUCCAUGCCUCUAUUCAAGAUUAUUGGCUCUGCAACAUAUUGUUGUGAACAGAGAUUUUCAGCUCUGACAAAUAUGAAAGAUCAAAAAGAUGCAGGCUUCCUCAACCUCGGCCCUCCAGAUGUUUUGGGACUACAAUUCCCACCAUCCCUGACCACUGGUCCUGCUAGCUAGGGAUCAUGGGAGUUGUAGGCCAAAAACAUCUGGAGGGCUGAGGUUGAAGAAGCCUGGAAAAGAGAAACACCUCUUUGCAUUGAUGAGAUGAAAGUUUGUUUUUCUCAAAUUAGACAUAAUAUAACUGAUAUUAUCCUGCAAAAGCAAGCUUACACUUCUCAUUGAGUUUGUAUACAUACUUAAGCUACAUAUGUAAAAGGCUUGUUUAUAAUUAUAUCAUGUUCUUAUGUAGCUGCGUUGUUUUAUGCUUUCUUGAUUUCCUAUGAUCAUAUUAUAAAGUAGUUGUGUUCUGUGUUAAAUCAAGCACUGCUAGUUGUUUCUUCUUUUCCAAUGUUUUUCCUAUCAAUAAAAAAUUUGGUGUGGUAUGAUAAAAAAUUAUCCUGAAAGUGUGGCCCAGAGAAACAUUUUUGAGAGUCACUGGUUUAGUUUAACAAAUGCUGGGAUUUCCUGGCUGAAAGGGGGAAGGGGGUGGUCUUCCAAAGCACACCUGAGUUAUCCAGAACUGUUCCCAUAUUUGUUCUAGAUCUCCAGGCCUUAAUUAGGCUUUGCCUCUACUGUGCUGUGGAUUUUGCAGAGGGAACUUAAACAUAUUCAUACUAAACAAAGAAUCUUUUCUGUUAGUUGAGAACUAACUUUCUAACUUAUCUGCAAAAAUAUUAUCUUAAAAUGUAGCUGAGCUAAAUCAAAUCGUAGUUCAGGAAAUUUAGGGUAGGUGUCCACCCCUCAAAGAUCACCCUUUUGUAUAGAAUUCAGUUUCUGUAUUUCUUAAUAUACAUAAUCACAGUGUAAUUUUGUGUACAGGGUUCUCUUUCAGUCUUGGCAGUAUAUAUGACUCCUAUCUUCUUAUUUGAAGUCAAAGCUGGAAUAUAAUUAUGUCUCACUUGGAUGAGAAGGUGUUUACAGUUGUAAAGCUUGGUCUAUAACCAAAAAAUCCAGGAUUUGAUUAUUCUUAUAGCUUUGCCUUAAUAAUGUUAUCAUAGCAGGAUACUUGAAGGUUGAAAUAUUAAUAAUAAAAGCCCUGUUAUAGAAGCUUAACCAGCUGUUUGCAAUGGGCACCUUUUACUCUUUUUAUUUUUGGCAUAACUCUGCACACUCUUAUCUUGCCACAGACCCCUUGCCACAAAUCAUUUCUAUUGUCUGGAGCCAUGUGGCUGUAGUCAAAUUUGCAGUUACUGAUGUGAUCGAGUACAGUGGGCCCUGGUGAGCAAGGCUUAUGAAAACCAGCAUCAUGUUAAAUUGCAUCCAGUCCCCAGUCUUCGACUUGAUAGUGUUUGUGUUUUCCCCUCCUAGUAUAUAAAGGAAACCAUGGCCAUCUCCAAAGUGCCUUGAUAUAGUCCUGUAUACGGCAAGAGAGGGAGGCAAAAUAAGGUUAGCUUUCAAUGUACUUUAUUGAAAACCUCUUCCAGCCUGAACCAGUUAUACAACAUAUUCUGUACACAGAGUACAGCUGUUCAUUUUGGACAAGGAGAUAAUCAGGUUUGAAGCUUCUAGUACCAAACCCUGGUACACCAGAGAACAGUUCUGAGUAGGAUGAGAGGAAACUGAUGACUUCAUGCUGUUCUGUGAAUGCUGUAGGUUCCUGCCCAUAAUCUCUUAGAAUGAGAGCCACUUAUGAAUUGCCAGCUUUUGUUUUCUUUCCAGAAUUAUAAGCGACCGAUGGAUGGCAACUAUGGCCCCCCAGCCAAACGACAUGAAGGGGAACUGUACAAUGUACCGUACAGCACAGGCCAGGGACAGGCUCAACAGCAGCUGCCUCCGGCACAAACCCAACAACCAAGCCAGCAGCAAACUGCUCAGCCUUCUUCACAGCAGGAAAUCUAUAACCAGUAUCCGAACACAUACCCUGCCACAGAUCGCCGACCUGCUGCUGGGCCACAGAACCAGUUCCCAUUCCAGUUUGUCAGAGAGAGGGUCACUGCUCCCCCAGGCUCUAGCACACAGCAGAAUAUUGCUCCUCAAAUGAUGGGUGGGCCCAUACAGUCCACUCCAGAGGGCCCACAGCAGGGCACCCUGUGGCAAGGGCGUAACGAGAUGAGCUACAGCUAUCCCAACCGGCAGAGUACUGGUUCUGCACCCCAGGGUCCUGCAUAUCACGGAGUGAAUCGAACAGAUGAAAUGCUACAUCCGGAUCAGAGGGUUAAUCACGAAGGACCGUGGCCUUCUCAUGGAAACCGCCAGCCUCCUUAUGGGCCCUCUGCCCCUGUGCCCCCAAUGACAAGGCCGCCCCAGCCCAACUACCAGACCCAACCCAGCAUGCAGAAUCACAUUCCUCAGGUAUCUAGUCCAGCACCUCUUCCCAGACCGGUGGAAAACCGCACCUCUCCAAGUAAAUCUCCAUUCCUGCACUCAGGAAUGAAGAUGCAAAAGGCAGGGCCUCCUGUCCCGGCCUCACAUAUAACACCAGCAGCUGUACAACCUCCUAUGAUACGACGGGACAUCACAUUCCCACCUGGAUCAGUGGAAGCUACACAGCCUGUGAUGAAACAAAGACGACGUCUGACCACAAAAGAUAUUGGUAAUUGAGCUUUCAUUCCCUUGAGUUGAUGGGAGAGUGGUGUGUGCCAGACCACAAGGCACCCUUUGGUGUAUCAUGCAGGGAUUUGGAACCUUUUUCAGCUUGAGGGGCUGCAUUCACUUGUGGGCAAUCUUCCAGGGACCACACAUCCAGGGGGUGGGGGUUGGACACACACCACUCCAUCCAGGCAAGCAAGAGGUAUUAUUACAAUUCAAGGGCACAUUCCAACCAGGUAAGAUCACUAGAGGAGGACACUGAGCAGAGCCAAUGAGGGGUGUGUCAUGGGCAGAGAAGGGCCAAUGAGGGUUGUCAAGCCUGGAGGCCUGGGGUUCCUCAGUGCUACAUUAUUAUGAGGGAAAGGACUCUUAGAUUGGAAAUAGAUGGUCUUGGUUGCUGUGGUUAUGUCUAGUGUCCCUUCAUGUGCUGGAUGCAAUCCACAGGGAAUUUUGCAAACCUAAUAGAAAUCAUUGGGAGCCAUGCAAGAGCUUUCUUAGAUUUGUGCAAGGGUGAUUCCUUAUGGAUUGAGAAUUCAAGUCCAGUCCACCUGGCUGGGUGACUUGCUUUUGGUUCUUGUGCAAUAUAGAAAGCAGGAUUCAGGGACAGGUUUAGUUUCAUUUCAUUCUGGGAGUUCAAAUUGCAUCAAAUGUAUUUCUAUGUUGCAGGAACACCUGAAGCUUGGAGAGUAAUGAUGUCUCUGAAAUCUGGGUUACUGGCUGAAAGUACGUGGGCUUUGGAUACCAUAAACAUUCUGCUGUAUGAUGACAACAGCAUAAUGACCUUCAACCUUAGCCAGGUGAGUUGACACCUCCAGGAGACAGGGCUUUGAAAUUUAAAAGUGGAAUUGAAAGACAUGAGCAAAAGAUUAACAUAGAAAUGUGACUAAAGUUUGGGCUGUGUGUAUUCUGCAUAGUGUGGAAUUCAGCAUCUUGAGAAUCAUUUAAUGUCCUUAGGGCUGAAAUAUUAGGCUUGAUAUCUUUGGGGGUGGAUAGGGCUUCCAGAAAUCAGGCCAUAUGGUUUCCUGUCUUUGCUGCUUCUCCCUCUGUAUGACUAGAAGUAACAAAGUUAUAUAAAGUAUGUAAAUCUAGACAAAUUUGCAUUACUUAACUGGUAUCUGUAUCUGUGCAGAAUGUUAACUGUCGGAUGUAAGUGCACACAAUUUUUUCUUAUCGGUGAAAUUUUAAGUGUUGGAGCAUUAUUAUUAUUAUUAUUAUUAUUAUUAUUAUUAUUUCAGUUUAUACACUGCCCUAUACCCGGAGGUCUCAGGGCAGUUCACAAACAAUCGGGGUGGUUCACAAACAUGGUGAAGAGUGGAUAGGACAAAACAACAACAACAAUAACAAUAACAACACCGCAGCCCAGGACCUACUAGGGUUAGGAUUUGCGAGUUAAUAAAUAACAAAGACCCAAACAAUUUACUUGGGGCAUUAGUCCACAAAAGCCUUAGUCCACUUUAUCAGAGGUCCUGAUAUACAGGGCAUUUAUUCAUAAAAGCUAUAUUAAAUUUGUUGACUCUUUAAAGGUUGUUCAAGACACUCUGGUUUUAGUGCAACAGACUAACACUGAAAGUUUUGAUUGUAUUUUAGCAUAUGCAUUUCAGCUUACAGGUUUGAAACUAGGCUCAGAUGUAACAUAAAACUAUGGUUUGGUGCUACAUGAAUGAACCUAGAACUUGUGCACUUACUUUUUCCAUUGGGUCCUGUGAUUGUUACCCUCCCUUAUUUGUUUGCAGCAAGCCAUAUUUUUCCAUCAUGUCUGACCUGGCAAACUAUGGUUUGCACUUGUCAUUCAAACUAUGGUAAAACCCUGGUUUCUAGGGCAAGUGCAAACAGAAUUGUAAACAAAGGUUUGAGCAUGGUUUUCAAGCAGUUUUCCAGUUUGGAUGCAAUGACAAUAUGUGGUUUUGACACAAACGGGAGAGAGAACUAUGAUUUGGCAUUAUGUCUGAAUUGGGCCAAAGUUGUCUUCAGGGGCAAGAAAAUGUUGCACUUUCUUAUUUCAUGUUCUGUUCCCUUGCAGCUGCCAGGGUUGUUGGAGCUACUAGUGGAAUAUUUCCGACGAUGCCUGAUAGAAAUAUUUGGAAUCCUGAAGGAAUAUGAGGUGGGAGAUCCAGGGCAAAGAACACUAUUGGAUCCUGAGAGGGUCAGCAAAUCUUCGAGUCCUCCUCCUGAAGAGGGGGAUAAAGAGGAGCCACAGAGUCCUAACUGUGAGGAGGAAGAGGAAGGGGAGGAGGAGGCUGCCUUUGCAAAUAAAGCCACAGCGCCUCUUGAGAGCAACGAGGAAAAGCUAGUCAGUAAAUUUGACAAGCUUCCAGUCAAGAUAGUGCAGAAGAAUGACCCAUUUGUGGUAGAUUAUUCUGACAAACUUGGCCGGGUACAGGAAUUUGAGAGCGGGCUGCUGCACUGGCGGAUUGGUGGGGGAGACACCACUGAACACAUUCAAACCCACUUUGAAAGCAAAAUGGAGCUGUCGUUGACUCACAAGCGAGCUCCUUGCAACUCUAUUUUGCGAAAACAUUCUGUAGCUGAGAGCAACCCAGUCACCCGAGAGGGAGUAUCCCCUCCAUCUGACAAUCCUCCGGAGAAAAGGAUAACAGCUACCAUGGACGACAUGCUUUCAGCACGACCCAGCUCAUUGGCAGAGGAGGAGGGAGUAAGAAAUGUGGAGGUGGCAAAGGAAAGCGGUAAAUUCCCAUUUGGCAUUAGUCCAGCUCAGAGCCACAGAAACAUACAAAUCCUGGAGGACGAACCUCACAGUAAAGACGAGACGCCCCUCUGCACACUUCUAGACUGGCAGGAUUCGUUGUCUAAACGUUGCAUCUGUGUGUCUAACAUCAUCAGGAGUUUAUCAUUUGUGCCAGGCAAUGACUUUGAGAUGUCUAAACACCCUGGUCUGCUGCUGAUCUUAGGGAAACUGAUUCUCCUGCAUCAUAAGCAUCCAGAACGCAAACAAGCGCCACUGACAUAUGAGAAAGAAGAGGAGCAGGACCAAGGAGUGAGCUGCAACAAAGUGGAGUGGUGGUGGGACUGCUUGGAGAUGCUGCGUGAAAACACUUUGGUCACAUUGGCCAACAUCUCUGGCCAGCUGGACCUUUCACCAUACCCCGAGAGCAUCUGUUUGCCUAUCCUGGAUGGACUCCUCCAUUGGGCAGUGUGUCCUUCAGCAGAAGCCCAAGAUCCUUUUCCAACCCUGGGGCCUAAUGCUGUCCUCUCCCCUCAAAGACUGGUUUUGGAAACCCUCAGUAAACUCAGCAUCCAGGAUAACAAUGUGGAUUUGAUCCUUGCAACGCCACCCUUCAGUCGCUUGGAGAAACUCUACAGCACCAUGGUGCGUUUCCUUAGUGACCGAAAGAACCCGGUGUGUCGGGAGAUGGCUGUGGUACUACUGGCCAACUUGGCGCAGGGCGACAGCUUGGCAGCUAGAGCCAUUGCUGUGCAGAAGGGCAGCAUUGGCAACUUGUUAGGCUUCUUGGAGGACAGCCUGGCAGCCACUCAGUUUCAACAGAGCCAAGCCAGUUUGAUGCACAUGCAGAACCCUCCCUUUGAGCCGACCAGUGUGGACAUGAUGCGUCGGGCAGCUCGAGCGCUGCUCGCCCUGGCCAAAGUGGACGAGAACCACUCUGAGUUCACGUUAUAUGAGUCACGGCUGUUGGACAUCUCCGUGUCACCUCUGAUGAACUCGUUGGUUUCACAAGUUAUUUGUGAUGUACUGUUUUUAAUUGGCCAGUCAUGACAGCCGUGGGAUGCCUAUACCCCCUGUGUGCGUGUGUGUGAGUGGAGGACUUAGAAACUGAUUGUUGCCCUUUAUUUAUGCAAAACCACCUCAGAAUCCACUGUCUGCCCUGCGCUGUCCUGCUUCUACCUUGGGGAAAAAGAUAUUCCCCCUUCCCUCACCUCUGCCCUUCAGAUCUGUCCUAAACCCCUGUUCAAGGAGACAAAGUUCUGCCUACAUUUAAAAAAAAAAGACUU